AGGAACUGAUACUGUGCCUGUGUAUUUUUGUGUGUGUGCAUGUGUGUGUACUUUGGGUGUCCUCUUCGGCGCUUUCUGGACUGAACUGUACGCGAACAUGACUGACGGGACUUUCUGACACGCUCCUCAUGCUGAAUGUUCACACCACAGACGGGUAAGGCUGCACCUUUUUUUGAGAAAGUCACCAGAUUGUGUUUAAGGCUUGUCGAGGGAUGAGUGUGUGUGUGUUAUCUGUCACUUUUAAUGUGUGUGUGCAUGCUGGGAAAGCUGUCUGCAAAGCAACAGGUCAUUUGUAAAUGAAGUCUUUAUCCAUGCCAGCUCAGAUUUCAUGUUUCCAGGAUUUGGAGGCAUGUAAAGAUGUGAAUCUCUCCUCAGUCCCUUGCUGUCUUUCUCUUUACUUCGCUCCCCAUUCCUCCUCUUCUUCUUCUUCCCCUUAUCCCCCCCUCUCUGCCCGGUCCGAGUUACUCAAGUUACCGGCUUCCUCCUGUUGUUAUGAGCCCCGUGGUUUCUAUGCAGCACUCUGAGGGCGCUCCCACGCUCUCCCAGAAAAAAAGAAAGGAAGGAAAACAGGGCUAAUCAUUCCUGAGGCACAAAAGAAGUGGUAGAAGCAGGCUCACUCUCCUCUCAGCAUCUACCUGCAUCCUUUUGGGAAAAUGUCCUCUGUCCUUGCCCGUCCUAUUGGUCACUUUAUUGUUAUCAGGACAAAAGUUUUCUCUUUCCCUCAGAGGUGGUGGGGUGGCCGAGGUGGUGAGAAAAUUGGAAACAGAACCACCCACAGUGGAAGUGAGUCAGCCCCGGCAUUUAGUGGUGUGUUGACUUUGGAAAUGGCAAAGAUUGAGGGGGAUGUGGUGUUGUUGUCUGCGGGGGACAGAUGACAUUGUCAGAGAAAAAUAGGAACAAACAAAAUGUCUCAAUUUGUUCACAUUUUCUGGUGAGAGUCCCCAAACCCCUGCAGAGGAGCUCUGCAGAGAGGGAGCUGAGUUUUGUACGAGGGGCAUUAAAGGGAAGAAAAGGAGAUGGACAGAGAGAAGAGGGGAGUUAGAAAGCCAGGGGCUGUUUAUAAAGGGAGGGAGCGGCUUGUGUCCAUCUGGGACAAUCCCAAGUGCUGAAAACCUCCCCACCCUGAUCCCAAACAUCUCUCUCCCCCACCUCUCCCUCUGUCUUUCUCGUUGUCUCUUUUUUGCGCUGUUCUCCUUCAGAGUGGGUACAUUUUGUUUGCAGCCUGCAAACUUGUUGCAAAUGUGCAGCAUAGUUUGAUUUUCCUCCUGUUUCAGUGUCCCUUGAAUUUCUUGGCUCUGUGAUAUUUGUCACUGUUUCCUUUUGUAUCAGCAUGCAAAAUGCAGUUCAUUUCAUAGAAUGGUAAUCAUGAAAGAAGAAAAGAUGUUCUGAAGCAACUAAUUUACACAUUACUCAAGUAGAAACUAAAAUUCUGAUUAACUGACUAAUGAAAAAAAAGACUCAGAACAUGGUCAAAACUGAAAACAACUUAUUCAGCAUGGCUGAGUUUGGAAGCAAACAAUGGUGACUUGUGAUUGUAUUUAAGGUCAGCAGAGUUAGCACCAACUCUUUAGUUCCCUAUGCAGGUAACCCUCCACAUGUCUGUUUUGGUUAUACAUCAGGCCAGUUACGUUGUUAUAUGCCAGUUUAACCAUACACAGCCGACAAACAAGAAGAUCAAAAUGCUGACAAAACUCGCCAAACUGCAAGAUACCAUCUAUCGUUUGUGCUCAUUUACAUCUGGAGAGUAGAGAAUUGUGAAUUGCCAACAUAAUAUACUUUGUUUUUUCAUAUAACGUACACACUUGUUGUGGCACAUUUCAUUCAGAUAAAUACGUACAAAAUACAAACUAAGAGUGGAAUCCAGCACAAAAAUUAAAGCCAGAUUACUGUUAUUGAUCAGUCAGUUAAACCUGGAUGCAGCUCAUAUCAAGUCUUGGUCCUCCCAAAAUGUGGUUGCAGCAGUGCAGUUAGUGUUAUUGUUAAUGGUGGUGCAUAGCUGGAUGUGCAAAAAAAAAGUUGCAUGCAUUGUGCAUUCGUUUGCAUCAGGUGCAAAAUGCAGAUGGCAGAGGAGCAGGAAAAAAUAAGCUGCAGCCCCAUCGAAAAAAGGUAAAGACGCAGUAAAAUUUCUUUAAAACAGGACUUAGUCGGUGUAAAUGUUCACUGAGCCUGUUGCUAAACUGUUUUAAGUCACCUAAAAGUUUGUUUAUUCAGGGACGGUUGAAACGCAGAGAAAAGACUAUGGUUUUAAAAAUAUCGGCAGGUGUAUGACUAACAUUUCAGGUCAACAGUGAAAAAAACAGUGAUCAUUACUAAACCGAGCAUGCAAACAAGUGAAUUGUGUCAUUAAUGCUUGAGUCAUAUAUGUAGGCCUGUAUUUAAGUAGAACUGCUCUGCAGCAUAUUGCAACUUUUUUAUGUGAGAGAUAGAGUUUGAACUCCAACAAUCCCAUUAUUGUUGGUAAAGUUGGUGAUUUUAAAGUCAUGCAUUGAGGGAAUAACACUGUGGAUGAUAUGUCUCUUUGUUUACAGGGCAUGUGUGUGUAUGAUGAAUGAUAUGCAACUUUAAAUAAGGUGAACAGAAAAUAGAGUAGACUCUUAUGGACGACAUAUAUCUGUUUUCUCAUGGAGACAUGGAGACAGCUGGAUAACAUAACAAGGAAGAUGAGUAUAAAGAGUGACAAAAAACUGUCAUCCUUUCUUUUAUCAGUCACUGAUUCAUUUUUCUAUCAGAAGGAGAAAAAGUACAUCCAAACAGUAUAAAUAACUAGUGGCCACAGCCAUAUCUUCCUCUCUACCCGUCUCCCUUUGUCUGCUCGACCACCCUCCUUCUCCUCUUCCUCUUCCCUCCCUGUCUGCCUUCCUCCCUCUGUGCUGCCUGUGUAUCCAGCGAUAAGGGGACAGCGACGGUAGCACUUCCCCUCGCCACAGGAAGCAGGAAGUGUUGAUUUCCAGCGCUAAACCCUGUUCUCGGUCUGCAGGGAUCCUCAACCACAAGCUAGCAGCAGCAGCACACUCUUAGAUGUGCACUAAAGUUGUGAAAUAGCCAUAGCAAAGUGUGUUUUGUGUGUGUGUGUGUGUGUGUGUGUGUGUGUGUGUCACCUGUCUGCACACAAUGACUUCACUAUAUCUUUGCUUGCCUGAUGGUUUUCAUGGGAAACCACCUGGGAAAUAGUCCACUCUCUGCCUCUCUGACCUCAGGGUUGGCCCUGAGGUCAGAGGACGAUUGGUUAAUUAUUCCUCUAAUCACAGCUAAUGUUUUGUUUUCUGCCUCUUUGGCCAUGGAGGCCAGAGGGGGCGCUGUUGAGCUUAAAAAAACACAAACAACCAUUCAUCAGUUAAUGGAUUCCAGUUCUACGACAGGGUGGGAGGGCUGGGGUGAGAGAGAGCAAGAGAGAGAGAGAGGCUGACAUAAAAAGAAAGUGAAGGGAUGAUGAACAGUAUAUUUAUUUAAUUAAGAGUUUUAUAAUCAAGGCAAUGAUUUUCUUUCAUGUUUUAACUAAAAAAAAGGGUCAGACCAAAUCACUAUUAAUAAAUGGCAUGCUUGGUGUCCUUCAUAAUGCAGAUCAUGGCAAAACACUCCAGAAAAACCACAAAACUGCUCUACAUUUCGAAAAUUAUUGGCUGUGAACAGUGUCAGGCUCACUGACAGUUUUCCCCUCUUUGUUCACAGUUAGUAUUAUGAAGGAUUUUUAGCACUUGACACACCGCACAAUGAGUGGAAUUAGUCAGGGUAAAAAUAGAUGGGUUUAGAAAAGAGAAAGUUUCAAGAGCCAAAGCUGACUUACUGAAUACACCUUUUUCUUUAUGCAAUAUUUUUCCCUGUCUUUAACUCUGAAAUCUUCUUGAAAAUAAUGCUAUGGUCAUACAUCACUGCCUCAUUUUAAAUUUAUUUCAUAUUUAACUCAGCUAAACCUGAGUUUAAUGUGAUGAUCUUGCAGACGGUCAUUGUAUCUUCAACCAUGUAGCUUUGUAGCUGAAACCGUGAUGCAAAAACGCCAUUAAGGUCACAGAAAUAAGAUUAAAGUGAAGUAAUAAAAGUCUAGAUUUGCGGUACACAUACCGAGCAGUGUUAUUAGUCAAUCAUCUUCCAAACAAUUUUCAACAUUGCCUCAUUUUUAGUUAGUUAGUAUGGACUGUUCAAAACACGGACAUUGGUUUCUGCUGAGGCGUUGUGAGGCCAAAUAAUGGUAGUUACAUACAUAAAUUGCUGACACGAACUGACCCUAACUUUGGACAGAACCCUUUUUGUAAAUGAGAAUUGACUUUUUGAUGCAGAGCUGAGAGCUCCCUAUCCUCCCAUGUGUGUACUUGGAAAGCACACCUCCCUCCACUGUCAUAUCCACACAUUAACAGCUAAAGCAGGGAGAGCAGCAGCAAAGACUUGUGGGGUACAUAGACAGUAAGCUGCUGAGCUGUCAGCUGAUCGUAGCUGAUGAAGAUCAGGUGUUGCACUUUCAGAUGAGCUUAAUAUUUGGUUAACACAGCAAGCAUCAGAGCUGAGGUGGGCCUUAAACCUCUGGUUAACAGCUACAUCAUAUUGCCCUGCCAGUCGACUAAGCUGUACACCAGUUAUGCAGAUUGCACUACAUAUCUUUGCUGCUGCUCUCUCCGCAUUAGCUUUUAUGUCUAAGUAUCUCCAGAACAGAUUCACUUUUUCGUGCGAGGAAGUGAAUGUGCAUUUCUGAUGUAGAAAUGGACAUUUUGAUAUUUGUGAGAUUUCUAGGCUUUUAGAGCCAGCCUCAAGUGGACACUUGAGGUACUGCACUUCUUUUCACCUCUGCUUUGGCUCCAUUUCCAUUUGGCUCCCAAGUUUAUUUUAUUGGAUUAGAUAAGUACAAUAUCUAAAAAUGCUUAAAUUUGCUUUUUGGAUUUGUUGUCAGAGAAAACUGGAAAUUUAAAUCAAAAUACUCAAAGGUAAACACAGAUUUAUUACAGACAGAUGUGACUAUCCAUUAUUAGCCCUUCACAUUUGAUCAAUUGAAAAGUUAAGAUAACUUUGUCUUUGGUUUUGAUGUCUGAUAAUCCAAAAAGACUGAAUUCAUCCAGUCAGGUAUGAUUGCUGUGAUUUAGUUUUUAAUGAGAGAAAACUGAAUCUCGAGAGGGUGUGAUGAGGGAGGAGGAGGCUGGCAGAAGAUAAAGAGGAGGCAGACAAAGGAACAAAGAGGAGAAGGAAAGAGGAAGAAUUAAAGUGACACCUGUGAGGAUGAUCGAGGAGUGAGGAGGGAGAGAAAGCAAAGAGGUCUGGGCUAAAUGAAAGAAAAUGAAGAGAUUUGGGCGAUUAGGAAACGAUGGAGAUGUGAGCCUAAGCUAUGAGCAGGUCAGAGGUCAAGAGGGGGUGAGGAGGUCAGAGUGGGCCCAGCAGCUCAACUUAGAACAGGAUAUCCUGCAAGGGAAACCCAUCUGUCUCUCUCCCUCGCUCUCUUUUCUGUGUAAAAUUCCCACAGCGGGCCGAGCGGAGAGCAGAGGUGUAACCUUUCACUGAAAACAGCAGAGAAAACACAAGUUCUCGAGUGAGACACUUCACUUUCAUCAAUCACCGCUGACAGAGACAGACAGCAGAGAUGAUCACCUGAUGUGUCCUGACCUGACAGGCUGAGAGUGUGUGAAGUGUUUUUUAUAGUGUGUGAUCAUAGCUGGGUAAUGUUUCCAUCCCGGGCUGCUGUUUGUUGCUGUUUUCAUCCUCUCGCUUCAGGGGUGACAACAGCCAAGAUAAAUCUCCCUGCAGGGACAAUAAAGUUUAUCUAGCAGUAUCUUAUCUGAGUCAGGCAGACAGAGUGUGAAAUUAAAGUUACAUCCCCCUUCUGUUUAAAGACACUGCAAUGGUGUUCGAAGACCUCAGGGCUGCAUUGUUGCUAAUGACCACUAGGGGGCAAAGUGUCUGAUUGAACAGAGGACCACCAGCUACUUACUCUAGCCCCACUCGAUUUAUUCCCUCACUGUACAUGUCCCUUUUUUUUUUUUUAACAGAGCAUGAUAUUUAUUUUGUGAAUCAUGCAAGAAAACAUGAAAUGAUUUUGAUUUUUAUAACUAACAGUAAAAUAAAUAAUAAAACAUGCCGAUGAAGAGCUAUAGUAGAAGUAUUUCUCCACCUUAAACAAUAACUAAACAGAAAAUAGGUCUUCUGACACCUGCAGCACUGUAAUGUUAAAUCAGAGGAGAGGUUAAUAAUGUCAUGUUACUCUGUUGUGUAGAAUAUGGGCCAAGCCUCCCAGAAAACUGGGUUCACAGGGAUGGACUACAUCUACAUCUAAUAACUUACUGCAGAAGGAUCAGUUUUGUGUUAAAUGUAUUUGUUUGGAACAUAAAAAUAUUGCGUCAGGGAUUGAUGGCCAUUUCUCUGUCUCCACUUUGUCCUCUAUGUGGUCCUCUGAGAACAAUAUUGCUCAACCUGAAGUGUCACCAAAUAUUUACUCCAGGAUGGCAGGACCAGUGAGGCCCUUCUCAGAAAUUUGUGCUGUGAUCUGUUGACACUGAAAACUCUCUAAUAAAGGGGAAACAAUCAGAGUACAAAGUUUUGCUUUGAUUGGUUGACAGAAAAUGUGUUUGUGAGAUGUCUGAGCUGUUUUAUUAUACAUAUGAAAAAGGAGAUUUGUGCACUUGUAAUGCACUUCAUCCUUGUCCAUCUUCUGUUUUGGUUUUGGAAACAAAUACUGAGAUUCUUUUUUAUUUUAUUUUAUUUAUUUAUUUAUUUUUGGUUUGAAAUUGAAAAUCAAAUUAACUAAUAAUAAUAAACUGAAUUCGUCUUCAAUUUGUUGUUGCACACUAAACAUGGGGUUUGUUGCCUCAAUGAGUUCUUGCAGCUAUUGCACACUGUUUAGCAUCUGCUGGGUGAAGUAAUCAGACCCGCACUCAGUAAUUCAGACCUCAAAAUGAGUAAAAAAAAAAGCCCAGGUUAUAAAAAUACCAGGAUCUCCCUGGAAACUCACUCUUAGUUAGGUCAAAAUAGCUCAGGUUGGAGAUGUCAGAGCAAUGAGUGUGCACCAAAAUACCUCCUUCAUUUAUCAAAGUCUGCAAUCAGAUGUGUUUGAAAGAGUCUAACCUUGCAGAAUGACGGGUUACUAAAAGUGAGCAGUAAACAUGCUUUUCUGGAGCCCAUUUCUCUUUUGUUUACAAGCCCUGCUUUACUCCUAAUUGAGUGUCCUUAAAAUAAACACAGUGACAGAGUUGCCACCUUGGUUUAGACAAAAGUGAAGUUAUGGAGGGUGUGACAGCGUCUAAAAAUGUAAAAAUACUGAGGAAUAUUUAGUAGAAUAAGGAUUUGUUGCUUUGAAUUGUUAAAUUAUCUAAAACCUGCAAGAAAAUCAUUGAAUAACUGAGCUACUGUUUCAUUUGGCUCCAUAUUCUGAUGGGAUGUCUGACUCUCCUGGUUCAUUUUUUUGUGUCAGACAAACAGAGAAAUUUCAACCUACUUAUUUUCCCUCCUGUAAGCUGCUUUAUGUUUCCCCUUGUGCAGCAGUUUGACCAAAAAUAGUCCCUGUACACUCAAUCAUACACUCAGUCUGAUUUUCUCACAUUUAAGUGGGUGAUAUUUUCCGUAUGGGAACAUUAACUUAUUUUUUUCCCCCUCCAUGGUUUCUAAUGACACAAAGAGAGACAUACGAGUGAGCGAAAGAGAGAAAGAGCGAGGUAUUGAAAGCGAGAGAUGGGGAGCUCGAGAGUGUGUAGCUAUUUUUGGCCCGUCUGGGUGUUUCCUACACACACUCACGCUUCUCAGGCUUGUUGUUGUUCAGAAUGGUGGGUGUUAAGGGGUGAGUUUUGAUUUGAUUUGACAUUUUGUGUGUCAGUGGUAGAUAGUGUGUGUGAGUGUUUGUGUGAGAUGUUGAUAUCCCUGGGAUUUUCCUGCGGUUGCUAUGGUUUCUUGCAGUGUUUUGAAACAACUUGCCGUAACUCCAAACAUCCUCGGGGUGUAAAGGAUCUUCAGCCGCUCAUUACACAGACAUUACACACUCUGUUUGUGCUGUCACAGGGGCUGACCUCAGUUCACUUUCAAUUUAACCAGAUCAAACACUCAGACCACCAACCUUAAAUUUUAAUCCCUGACUUUUAUCUGUUAUCAGAAAAAAAAAAAAACAUCCUUUUUCAAGAAACUUGGUGAGUAAAUUUUUCUCACUGCUUUAGUGAGUACUAAGAGCAAAUCAGGCCUCAUGUUUCAGUUGUAAUUUCUUGAAAUAAGAUGUUAAUCUGGAUUUGUCAUGUGAAUGUUGCAUAUUCUAAAGAGAGAGUCUUAUGUGAGAGGAAGACAAAAACACUUGUCAAGAUUCGAGAGCUUGCUCUAUGAUAACCUGCUGCCCCGAAUUACUGCUCUGACUGUCGAAUGUCGUGCAGUUAAAACAAAACAUAACUACAUCAGGACAAAACAUUUAAAAUUUAAGGUUAUUUUAAUCUUAACAGCAUCUUGGAUGACAGCGUAUGCAGAUGACACACUGACAUUUACACUGUCCACAGUCCAAAUAGCUUAUAUUCUUUCAUCAGUGUAAUGAACACACCUAUUAUUAUAACUGAGACAGAUGAAACAGAUUUAUUUAUUUAUUCUUUUUUUUUUUUUUAUAGGACCAUAUGUAUUAAUGAACAUUUACAUGUAAAUAUAAGAGGUUAUAUCCAGGUGGCUAAUUUCCAUCCCUAGUCCCAUUCGCAGGUUCAUUUUAACACAUAAAGCAAAAAUGAACAUCAGUUAUAGGAUUUAUCAUUUUUCAACUUUAAAUGUAAAGUUGUGUAAUAUCAGCUUACCUAAGUAUUAUGGACAUCUGUUGCCGUGAAAGUACCACAGCCUGACUGAUCACAUACAGAAUCAGCUGCACUAAUUUACUGAUUCUGAGUGCACAUUUCUUAAAGUAUUAGCUUAAGUUACAUAAUUUAUUAUUAAAUUACAUAAUAGAGAAGUAUUAAAAGAUUCAUACCAGUAAUUUAACAAAAAUAUGGUUUUAUACUAAAACAAUAUGACCGCAUACAAGUAAUAUUAAUUUUGUAUGUUAGAACACUCAUUAUUAUUAACUUGUGCAAAUAAUUAUAUUAAGUAACAUUAAAUGUAAACAGGUAUAUUGCAGAGAAGCUUACUGUAAGGGUAUACUUAGUCAUGAGAUCGAUGUUUAUAAAUACUGCACAGUGUACAUAAGUGUUUAUGUAUAUACUGUAUGUAUUAUAUGUAGAUAUAUAUAGAGAGAUUUAUGUGAUAUAUGUUAUACAGUAUUUUCUGAAGUGUUGAUUAUUAUUAGUCUGUUUUGUUUGUUCUCUUAGGGGUUAUUUGAAGACUGGUGGUUGUGCUUGAAGAGAUUUAUUUUUCUGUGAAGAUGACUGCAGUGAGCAAAAUGAGUUUAUUACUCGUGUAUUCAUAUUGUCUCCAUGAAUAAUGACAGCUGGUGAUGAAUUAUGUUUUAAUUGAUUAUUGACUCUAAAUUGUAAUGAAGAGGCAGGACUGGAUUAGCUCUUUGCUUCAUUCUGUCCCUUUUCAAACUAGACAUUGUGUUGACAUACAACAACUAGUGUGAAUGUAUUUGAUGAACAUGUACAGUAGUUUGGUCAUGUGUGUUAUUUUGCUUUAACUUUGCUGUUGUUAUUGUUGUUGUUAUAGAGAGAAAGAAAGAAGCUCACAAAAGUUGUUAGAGGUCAAAGAUUAGAGGAUUGUGUUAAUUUGUUCAGUGUUUCUUUUAUCUAUUUACGCUUUUUAUUUUAGAGAGCAUGAAAACCAUUUCUUCCAUAUCAGAAGCAGAUUUUUUUCAGUCUAUUUGUGUUACAAGUCCAAACUUCGAGCUAAAUUUUCUUCCAACAAGCACUAGCUACUUUAAAGCUUCACAACAGUUGAUAUUUCCCAUGUUUAAUUGAUUAAACACUCUGAAAUAGAGCAACAGAAAAAAUGAUUGUGAAUGUGUUUAAUUUUUGGACCAUGGACUAAGUGGGUCAGUGUUCAGGCUUUGGGCACAUGAAACAAGUUAUUUGUAAUCCUAAACUUUGGAAAACAUGGUGCUGCAACCAUUUUACCGAUUAACCAGCUGACUGAACCGUCUACUGCCAAUCUAAAAGUUUGGUCUGCUCCAGUAACUUCUACAUGCUCUCUACAGGAAGCUUUUUCUGACUCUUAAAAUGUUUACAGUGAAUUGUUGAAUAGUAUACAUAAAGUUAUUCCAUGAGCACCCUGGAAAACUUCACAUCAGGCCUGUCUUUCACCUCUCAGCACAGCCGAGGUGAUGACUGCACACAUGACACACUGUUGCUCUGUUGUGGAAACUGUCUGUCAGCGAUCCUCUGUGUGUCUGUGGACCGCUCGUGUCACCAAGUCUUUCGAUGUGGCCAGACACAAACACAGCAUGGAAACACAUUGAACAUGCUUGUGUGAUUUCAGAAAGUGUGCAGGCUGAAAGGGAAUAUAUGUUUGUGUCUUGCUCAGGUUUCCAUGAUGUAAAUGUGUGGCGUAUAUGAAUGUAUGUUAGCAUAUGAUGUGUGAGAAUUUCUGACCAAUUCGAGGUUAGAGAUUGACAUGAUUCUAGGGAAAACCCAGACGCAAAUACAGCAACUCGUAGCUGAUCUUAAGGAGCGUUUUCUGACCAGAAUAUUUCAUCUUGCUCCCUCUCAGCAGUCAAAAGCGUCACUUGCUUAAAAGCUUUCGGUGGAAAUACUUGAUAAUAAAAAAAGGUGUUUCUGCAGGAUGCUUUAUCUGACAGUUUCAGGCAGCAGAAAUAACUGUCAAGAAGCAGCCUCAUUGCCGAUGCCUUUGUUUGUUAAAGCUGCUUUAGUUUCUCUCAGCUUCAUCGCCUGCUAAACACUCCUGACAUGAGCUUUAGGGUAUCUGAGAUGUAAAGACAAACAUCAUGUUGAUGGCAUAUCUCUCUACAAAUGGAUUUGUUCUGUAGUUGCAAAAAGAAGACAGAUUUGAAGGGAGUAGAUUAGAUGUAGUACUAUCUUACUCCUUUUAUGAGCUUACAGUCUGUUUGUCUUAAAGUUCUUGACAAUAGACGAGGAUUCUCACCUAAGAGUUUUUCCUGAUUUCAUUGGAGUUUAUUAGCGGUUUGAUAUUGUUUUUUACCGUCUAUAUCUGCCUAGUUUUAUUCUUCAAAACCAUUUUGAACCUGAACAUUUAAUUUUUAUAGUAUAUAUGUGUUAUCUUUUUUAUGAUUAUGAACUCAGAUAGUAUUUGCAGGGUGCUUUAUCAUGCUUGAGGAUGUGCUGCCCUAUCACAGACAGUCUUACUGCUAAGGUGACCUGAGCAAUGUUUUAAGUACUUAAAGGGAUAUUCCGGCGUAAAAUUAAUUUAGGGUCAAACACACUGUAACACCGAGGUAGACAUGCCAUCGAGAGAUGAAUGUUGCUGACUGUAGUUAUACCAACUUUAGUAACGACCGCAGAUAGCAAUACACAGCGGUCUGAGGAACCACACAAACCUCAACCAAAACACCACUCUGUAGCCACAAAUAAUGUUCAGAACAGCACCUAACUUCAUCAACAGUACAUAUAGGGUCCCAGCCAUAGCACUAGCCACUAAACAUCUUUUUAUCUUUGCCUGAUUUCUUUAACAAAGAGACUAAACACAACUCACCUACUCUCUUUCAGCAGCCGCUUGUUUGUAGCGAGACCUCAGGCCAGUCCAUUACGGACUGCUGUGGGGUGACACAGCUCAAGGUAGAACAUUUAUGAUCAUUUCUUUAUCAUUUCCUUUAAGUAAUAUUCACCAUAUUAAUCAUUUUGCACUGUAGACGCAGAGUUCUUCUGCCUCAGUGUCUCGGUCUGAUUGCAUUUCAAUGAGAAAAUGAUCAUAAAUGUUCUUAAGCAAAUAGUCGGCAACACUUAUCUCUCGAGGGGGUGUCUAACUUGGUGUGAUGGUGUGUUUGAUCCUAAAUAGAUUUUAUGCCAGAACAUCCCUUUAAAGCUUCUGUGAGGAUCUUUUGUCACUUCUUUGCUGAACUCAAUGAGUUAUCUUUUGAUUAAAACAAUCUCAUGCUGCUGUCUUUUAAUUUUCAAACCUAUCACUCUCUCUGAGUCUUUGCUGUUCAAAAUGUAAACGGAGGCUGUCCUGCAGAUAGAUGUCGCCUGUCACUUUGUCUGACACCUACCCUGAGCAGUGGUAACAAGCUUUGAAGAUAAGUAUUUAGAAAUGAUCAGUUGUCUUGUUUGCAUUCUUUCGAUUAUAGACAGAGCUCAGUAUUAAUUUCAGUCUGUUUCAUGACCAGCUAAAAACUCCUUACUGGAGCUUUAAAGAGACACAACAGAGUCUGCUUUUUAUGUUUUUGAUUCACACAGUUUAAAGCCUGUGUAGCCUUUUUUGGACUAACUAAUUGUUGUAUGAAAGAAAUGUUAUGUUAAAUCCUGGCAUUACAUCUAUGUGUUUUUAAAUAUGGCUUGAAAGUGACUCUGGAGAAAGGCCGUCAAAAUAGCUUAAAUGUCCUCCUUUGGACGAUAAAUAAACAAGUCAAUGAAAUUUAAAGACAUUUCAAAGGAAAAUAGUUUUGGUUGAAAAGGCACUCCUCAAAAGCUGGUAUGUUAUUGGCCAAAUCUGUAGACUUCAGAAGUAUGUCCCCCAAACCAGGAGACUGUACACUGGCUGCAUCUACCUCUGUCAGGGUUGUGCUGUAUCACUAUGAAAGUGUCAUCAGUCAGUUUGGUGCCUACACACUGAAUUCUUGGCCUUUUAGUUCUUCUAUAGUUGCACUUACUAUGUUCGGUGCUUUAAAUAACCUCCGUUUCAUCCUCCAUGAAGCCGGAGGUCACACAUGAUCUGAUAUGCCGAGCUGACAUGCAGAGUCUCAGUCUGUCUUUACCUCAUGAGAAUCUCCUGACUGCCACAAGACUGAAGCAGACUCUCACUUAAACCUGCAAAGAGUACAUUUCCUGUAGGAUAAUGCAGGUGUGAAAUGUGCAAGGCUGAGAUUGAGACAAAGAGAAACUCUCAAAGAUACAUUUAGAAAACUGGAGCCUGCAGCUGACCACACCCUAAUGCUCUGCACAUGAGUGUAAACACAAACAUAUGGUGGUGCACUUAGAGAAACAUCUGCAUGCAUAAAAAUAAAAACACACAAAUAGCUCAGGGUUUUCCUGCCUGAUAUUUUCCUUCUGUUUUAUUUUUAUCUUCUUUGUUCUUGUGUUUACUCAGCCUGCAGAAGAUAAUAAGUCUUUUCCUCUGCCCCCCUCCACUUAUACUUCAUCUUCCUGUCCCCUUCACUCUAUCUUCAUCUGGAUUCUCUGAUUUCCCCCUCCUUCCCUCCUCCCUCUCCUCGCUCUUAACUUUUUUCCUCACAUCAUCCUCCUCUGUUUCUCCCCCUCUCCUCUGCUCCUUUCUUUUUUCUUCUCUUGCAGCAUUCCUCACAUUCCUGUUGGCUUCUUAAGGGGAAGGACCCUGCUGGCAGACCAAGGCCAAACAUUAUUACAGUCCAUCUCUCUCUCUCUCUUUCUCUCGCUCUCUUUCCUUUUCUUACCCUUCUCUUUCUGACUUAUUUUCCCCUCCUGGGUCAUUUUAUCUUCCCAGCCCCUUCCCUCCAUCUUUCACUCCCUCAUUUUUCCCUCUGAAACCUCCAUACCCACUAAUUCCAUUUUCCAGAUAGCGUCUGUGUGCUUGUUCUUAAACUAUGUUACAACAGCUUACCGAGACCGCUGUGUUUCAUAAUUAGUGGAAAUAAGGGUCAUACCCCUCUGUGUUAUGUAAAACAGACCCGUUUAUGUUUAUACAAGCGCAUGUGCUUCGUUUUUUACAGCGACACACUGGGAGAUAAAGUAUCACACAGAUAGAGACAAAGCAACACACUCAUAGCACUCUGCAGUUUUUCUAAUCAAAUGGAAAAUGUAAAGUGUCAUAAAUUAACUGAAACGAUCAGAUUCAAGCGUAAUUUGACAGUAUGUUUUCACUCAAUGACCCCGAUUGUCUUCAGAUUUCGAUUUCGAUGAUUUUAUUAUGAUACACACAGAAACAUGCGUCACUGAAGAGAAUCUGAGCAGCAGACGCAGACUGUGAACUAAUGCUGUAGGACAGCUGCUUUGGUUUGAUUUGCAGCGUACCGAAGCAGAGACAUUUAGAAAGGACAUGAAAGAAAAAGUUAUGGUUGGAUGUCUGAUGGAUUUAAGUUGAUAUUGCACAGUAAGUAUUUUUUUCUGUUUAACGACAUCCAAAUAAUGUCAGCAGCGGUGUAUUAAGGCUGUUUGAGGGGCAGGGGCAAAACAAGAUAAAAAGGGCACCUGCUGUACGCCAUGAGGCUGCAGUGCACAGAAAGUUGUGUUCAAGCCUUAACAGCUUGAACAGUAGGCUUGGAAAAGUUUACACAAGUGAUUAAUUAAAGUUAUUUACCAAUGAAAUAGAGAAAAAAAAAAUUACAUACUUUUUUAGGCAUCCAGGGGGCCCUUUGUUAUAUUUUACACAAUAGAAGGGAAGCCACUAAAACACUUUUUCAUGCACUUUUUCUGGGAUGUUGAUUCAGUAUCAGUCUUUAGACCAUCUUCACUGUGAAUAAGUUUCCAUCAUAAGAUUCUUCACACAUCCACUCACGAGUUAACAGGGAUUUCCGAGCCAUAUCUUACAGACAGAAGCUGAAAAGACUGUGGAGGUGAGCAGGGCAUUACACUCACCAUUGGAAAAUUGAGGACACAACCUGGAGUCAAACACAAGCCAGCCAUGCUAAUAAACCACUUUCCUUCAUGAUAAGCUGCAGGAACACUGACAUAAUCACAUAUUAAUAAAAUGCGGGGUCUUCUAUCCUCCACGGUUUAAGUUAAACAGCCUAAGUGCCUGAGCAGGUGCAGACUCCUUUUUCUUCUGUUGUGCAGGAAGGUUAAAACUUCUCACUUUAGGAUGUCUCCAGACCUUUAUGUUAACAUCACACUGCCCAUUAAGUGCAGUGUGUAUGAUUUUUGUCUAAAAAAUAACAUGCAUUAAGAGCCCAACUUUGAAUAAUCAGGAUUUCAGCUAAUAUUGGAAAGAUACUUCAGAGAAAUGUGGUUAAAUAAUAAUGUUUUUGUUAGUUGGUAACUGCUUGUGAUUUGGAGUAAGAUGUCUUAGAAGUGUUUAUAACCAGAUUUCAAUGUCACAAUAUGCUUGAUUAGUGGGAAUUAAUGUUAAUGUGAUUGUUUUUUAUAUUAUAUGUUUGCAAAAUGUACCACAGUCUUGCCCUGGGUGUCAUUAGAAAUUAAGAAAAAAAUAAAAGACUUCAUACAUAUAGCAGUAAUCUAGAUCGAGUGACUAAAGACCCUUCAUGUCAUCACAAGAGCACAAACUCAAGAAAGGAUCACUAAAGUACCUUUUUUGUACUCUGAAACCUUUGAGUAUAAUUUAAACUUAGUGUACUGUUUCUUACAUUAUAAUACAAGUUAAUACAUUAAAGAACUGUAAGAGGUAGACUUUGGGGAGCACAACAAUCGCCCUCAAAGGGUCAAAGGGAGCAUCUUUGCACCCUUUUUUUAAAUGUCAGACUCCAUUAUUUUACCAAAGAAUUUUAAAAUUUUUAGAUGUUUAACUUAGCUUGCUAAACCUGCAAAAUAUGAUUUGAAAUCUGAGACGUGGUUGAAAAGAGUUUGUAAAAAUAAAAAUGCACUUGACCCCAAGUUUAUGCCAGCAUUAACAGCUUUCUUGAGAUCUUCACUCUGGCCAAGAAUUCAAAUCUUUGCCCCCCUUUCACACUCUCAGUGAGGAUCAUAGUUCACUUUUUCAGACCCUUUCUGUAUUUUGUGAGCGAUCACUUCAUGUGUUGAGUGUUGUGUUGUGGCAGGAGCAGAUCUCUGCAGGUGGGAGGCAGCUAUGAAGCGAUGUAGCACACAGCUGACCACAUCCUGCCUCAUAAAGUACAAACAAAAAGCUCGCACACGUCACAGUCACUGUUUAUAGGUGUUUCAUUUCAUUAUAACUGACACUAAGGUUCGACUUGUCAUAAUGCACGUUAAACUGAUCUAGUGUCCAACGUCUCUGUGCGUUUGUCACAGCUUGAUGAAACUGAUGAGCGGGGAUUUACUUUCAGAUAUUCUGCAGAGGACAGCGAGGACAGAUUGUGUGUUUUCUAUUUCCAUUUUAAUCAUACAACGUGCAAAACCCCAAUUUGCAUCACACCAGACGAGCAGUUGCACUGGUGAAACUUUUACUUCAACUAAAAGUUAAAUUGAAUGUUAUAUGUCAGUUCACAGGACAGUCUUGUGAGGAGUAUUUGGCAGGUUACGAAACAGACUCACAUUUGAUCCCUUUUAAUGACCUAAAUAACAAGCAGGACCAUCAACAAUGAGAGUAAUUAUUUCUGUACUGAUCAUUUCCAGUCUGAAACCACUGAGACCACGGGAUAUAUUGCAAGCUGCUUUGACAGUUUUUUUCCACACAUUAAGUGACAAAGAUUCUUGAUGAGUGGCACAUUUGACUGUUUAAAAAGAGGAGCACUACAUUUUCUGUCAAAUAAUAUGAGAUACACAUAUGCAGGUCCAAAAUCACCAAUGUAGCUCUAUUCACAGGGACAGGACGCAGCAUAGGCCCCUAUUUAACACUGGUAGGCCACCCCAGGUUUCACCCUUAAGUCCUUUAUAGCUGGCUGAGUUAUAUCACUACCUCUGAUGCUUACUACCAGAACUUGCAUGAAGUGAAUCCCGUCCGCCUGAUUUGGUCCGUGGUCAUUUAAACCUCAACUUUGCAUCUUACUGUGGCUAUUUAUUAUGUUGUAUUUUAAUGUGCUGCUUAUGUGAUUGUUUUAAACUUCAAAUAUUACUCAUAUCAGCAAGUCAUAGCUUCAUGCUAACUUUGGGGAACUUGAUAUUUAAUUCUCUUUCAGUUAUUCAGAAAUGUAAGUGGGAUGAUUAACACUAGCCACCUCUUUUUCUCUUUGUCUUAACACGAGAAUAAGUAACACAUACUAAUAAAGACUGUUAUAGACUCUGUUCUGAAACAGUGAUGAACACAGCACUGAAGCAUAUUGAAAAUAUGAUAUGAGUUAGCUGCUAGGACCUGGACAGAGGUGUAACUUCACUUCUUAACGGCAGGACAGAAUAAAGUUUCUGUUUUUCUCAAGCGCCACAGUUGUGUUUUACUUACAGAGUAAGAAAUAUACAUAUCCGUCAGAAGUAGAACACUAUACAUGAUAUGUAAAUGUAAGCAAUUAGAUUUGACUGGUGAACACAGAGAGGGAAAGUAGUUCUUACUCAUGUAUAUAUGGGUGCCCAAACUGGGCCCCCUAGCAUUAAAAGUCUGGAUACAGCCCUGCACACAUCAACAGAAGGUUUGUGGCAGUUUUACUUAUAUUUGUAUCCCUUACAAAGUCAAAGAAAAGCCAAGAAACAAAGAUGAAAACAAGCAAUUUGAUCAAACAUACUGCAGCUGUUAGUUUCUGUUUUUAUUCUAAAAACUCAUGUGCAGUAUAUAAAUCUUAGAAAUACCUCCUUUUACUCUAAAACAUCAUGCAGAUGUGUCACAGUUACUGAAGGAGCAGUUUUAACUUUGAAAUCUGAAUGAGUCAAGAAUGCAACUCAGUGCAGGAAAACUCUUAAUUUUGAUUAAAAAACAAGGAUGUUUGUGGAAAAAUCUUACUGACCAGGACUGAUUAUGUUUUUGUAUAUAUAUACAGUAUAUGUAUAUAUCUAUUGUGUGUGUGUGUGUGUGUAUUCCUCUCUUCCUGUGGGCGGUUGCCUGCUGCGCUGCUUUUCUGUCACCCUGUGGUUUUGUUAUUUUCAGCAUGAAACCGGAUGUGAUUCAGACUGCCUGGUAGAUUGUGUAAUUGAAUGGACUAACCACAUACACACACACAUACGUGCACGUACACACUUAUAGUGUAUAUAAAUGCUUGAACACCGUUUAUGUGAGUGCACACACACACACACACACACACACACACACACACACACACACACACACACACACACACACACACACACACACACACACACACACGGUGCUGCCGCUCUGUACACCCACACACUGAGGGUUUCUGGGAAUGGUGCCGGGUUCCCCCCUGUUCACAGAGGCACCCGAGGGUGAGCGAGCGGACGAUUGAACACCACCACCAGCAGCCAGACUCACACUUCUUGUUUUCAGAAUCGGUCUAAACAUUUGCUGUUGACCUGGCUGACGCUGAGAUCGGAAAAAAGGAUAAAAGACACUUUGAUAGAGCUGUGUGGAAAGAAAACAGUCGGUUAAAAGAGGGGAAAUUUGCAGAGAAGUGUCUCUGAAACUUGUAAUAAAUAUCAGUUUCUGUCUCCAAAAAGUUACAAUCUGUGAUAUGCAGAUUAGGUUUAUUUCAUUAAACAUAAUAAAAGGUCAGGGGAAUACAAAGUACAUCUAAAUUAGAUUUUUAUAUGUACGUCUCUGCAGAAUGCAUAGAAAUGUUUAUGAUGGUACAAAAAUAACAACAAAAGAGACAUGUAAUUGGACAUUUCCAUCAUCGUGACCACAUGUCAGCAUGUGUGACGUGUUUUUUGAGGAUGUGAGUGACAGCAAACAGUCAAUUCUGGGAAAGACUUGACUUGGACUAGAGAAACUGACAAGUUGAUGGUCUUGCGUCACAUCUGCCACCACAGUAACAUUGUGUUCUGUAGAAGUACGCCGUGUCGUAUGUAGACAGGAUGCUGUGCUUCCUCUCUGCAUGGGCCCCCGGUUCCCAGCAUUAGAGGGUCUUAUAAUAGCAAGGAAAGAUUUGCACCUGCAAUGUUAGAAAAAGGUUCAAUCUGUAUUUUUAUCAUAAUUGAAAUAUGUGACCCACAGCAAAUAUGAUUUAAAAAGUGACUUCUACAGUAAUAAAUGUGAACCGUAUGAUAAAGCAACACUGGUGAGAAUAUGUGAGCGCACAAAGUUGAUUCAAGCAGAUUUACAUUCCACACAUUUCUGGUUACACAGUUACUGUUGGUGAACUGCCUCAGACAAAUCACCUCAAAGGUUCCCUGUUAUGUACACGAAGAGUUCCAGUCGUCUGAUGUGGGGGUACUGAUGGAUUAUUUCUUUUUAAGGGCAUUAAUGAAGUGUAAAUACUUUGUUUUUUUCCAUUUUAAUAUCUGCGUAAUAGUUGCAAAGGUUAAACAACACAGGAAGCAUGAUUUAUUUAAAGGUAAAGCGUGUAGAAAUUUAGGAAUAUUUUGCAAUAUCAAAUUCUAGGAUCAAAUGCCUUUUUGCUCACCCCUCCCAUUGGUGAAGCAAUGUUGGCCUUUAAAGAAUGGAAGCUCCCAAGACACAUAAUAAGAAGGAUUACCCAUUAGUCAAGUUUUUACUGUCAAAACCGUCUAUCAGUACAAAAUCCUUGGAGUACAACAAUCUCUCCUUUUCCUUUUUCUCAUCUGUUAACCGCUGCAUUUUGCAUGACCACUUGCUUUUUCUAAGAAAGUGUUUGUUACUUUUGCAACGCUACAAAGUCAUUGCCGUUACGUCAAUCAGUGUUUUAGUACUUGAAAUGUCAAAUCCAGGAAUUCUGCCAAGUCUGAAUCAGAAAGUUUGGAAAGGGACAAAAAGUUCUAGCGGCAAAGACCAGAGCAGGGUGUUCCUGUUUUGUAAGUUUUAUGUUCGUUAUGCUUUUCAAGGAGAUUCACGAUUUGAGUAAGUCUUGUGUCCCUCUACAUCCAACAUUUUCGCUGAUCAAUAUUUGUAAAGUAUGAAAAAGCACAACAGUAUCCCUUUAUUUACAGUCAGUGAGGGAUGUUAACACUUUUGCAUGACUUUUGAGACAAAUCCUUAGUUAGGUUAGUUGCUGAAAAUGGAUGCAUACUGACCAUUUUGGUGAACUCAAACAUUGUGCAACCAGUGGCAAAAAUGCUGAUGGUUCUUUUUUCCCCCCAUAUGUUACAAAUAUUUACUCCGAGUCAAGAGAGGAAACUUGAUUAGAUCUGGUUUUCCAGAUUUGAUUAGAGAGCUUUCCAUGCAGAGAAAGUCUGCUUCAUGAAAGCUGUUGCUUACCUCAUAUAAAUACCAUGUAAAAAAGUGCAGGGGUGCGGUUUGGGAGAGAAAAGUUUCAAAUGUUAGGACAUUUCUGAAGGUGAGGGGCUGCAAGGGGAACUUAAAAUAUCAGCACAUUUGAGGUAGUGAUUGGGCUUUAUAUAUAUUUUAUAAGGUCCAGAAUCCCUGGUGGUAGCGCCCCUGUAAAAGCGCACCAGCUCACGCAAUCUAAAGCAAACCCUCCCUCAGCCUCCCUCCAUAAUCCAAAAGCUCACUCUGUUUACUCAAUCCUCCUUCACAACAUUCAACUGAUCCGCUGACUCAAUAGUGAAUAAAAUGUACGUUUUUCUCUGUAACUCUGCAACACCAUUACGGGGCAAGUGUGUGAUUUGUUUCACAACAGCCUAAAUUUGCUCAGAUUUUAUGCACAUAAAAUCAUUUAAACCAAAUUACAUGUGUUAAUUACUCUCAGUUGGGUUGACGUCUUUCGUUGAAUGAACUACAAUGUUCCAAGCAAAGCUAUUUAUGCAAUCAGUUCAACAAUAUGUGACAUUGUUAUUUGACCCAAAGAAAGUAUGCCAAACAUUUCCCCAGGACGACCCUGCCAGCACACUUUCUUUUUUUUUCCUGCUGUUACUGAGGAUGUCAAAACAAUGUUCAAGAGUCCUGAGCUCUGCUGCAGUGUGGUUUAGUUUUUGAUAAAGUGUUGCAGAAACUGCUCACUUGCAAUGCAAACUUGCAAUGUUGGUACACUGGUCUCUUAAACCAGAUUUUUAGAGGUUUCAAGAGAUGACUGUGCAUAAAACUUGAUUAAUAACGAGUUGUGCUAUUAGUCAGGGGAGUCUGUGAACUUUUUUUAGCAGCGACUGCCAGUUAAUUUUUUUGCUGAGGUCUUUUAUGGACAUGUGUUUGUUUCUACUUUAAAGAUUCAGAAGUGCAGUUAAAACACCAAGUAGUUAAACAGUCAUAGUUUUGUGCAACUCUUCCGUUAUUGGGUCAUAAUUAAGGGGCACUAUCAUAAAAAUGAAGGCCUUUCCUGUCAUGCCAUCAGACGUCAUGGCAAAAGAUAAAAGUUAUAGUAGAAAAAUCUUUUUUUCAUGCUCAAAUUUGCUGCAAAGCUGCUACACAUUUUGUAAAACACUCACAAAUAAAGACAGCUGACAAAUAAUGCCAGUUUAUUUCAAACAAGAGCGCUGGAAACCAAGCCAGUCAUGUAUGAGGGAAAUUCCACAUUACACAGCAGACUUGUUAGUUGAUGUGAACGAAUGCAUGUACAACGCACCUUUUAGAAAACUUACAGUGCUUUACAAACUGCAAAAUGAUUACUAAAAGUUCACACAUGCACACAUAAAUACUCAAAAGAAGAGUAUGAUUUAAACUGGUAAAAGUAAGAACUGGGGCAUGUUUCAUCAGGGCAAGUAUCACAUGUUGGUGUAGAUACUUUGACACAGUGACAAAUAUAACACAAUGAGUCAUUUAUUGGAGACAGUAGGACAUGAAAAUGCUGAAAUGUAAAAUAUCAGCAUAAAUGUUGUCUGGCUGUAUGCAAAAAAAAAAAAAAAAAAAAUAGGUCAGGGAGGGGGUUAAAGUCUUGCAGUUUGAGGUGCAAAAAUUAAAGUGAGACUUAACAAUGUUCACUAAGGACGCUGAAGGGUGAGGGUUCAGGCAAGUGCAUCACUUGAAGCUUCACCAGCUUUGGUUUUGGUCACUUUGACAGCAGAUGGAGCCACAGUGUUGAGGCCUUAAUAUUAAUUGACACAAGCCUGACACUGUGGAGACAAAGUUGGGACUGUUGUAUGAGUGAUACCGACGGCAGGCGCGGAUUGGCUGCAGUGAGCACCCAAUGGGAGUCAGUCAGAGUAGGAAAACAAUAGUUCUGCAAGUCCGCGUCAAGUCGAGGCUAUUUUUGGUGGGACCCGCCUUGCUUGCUAUUUCUGUCAGCAGGAGAGGAGCGGAGUGGAGCGGAGGGGAGGGGCAGGACGACUGGAGGGGCCGGACUUUUUCUUCUCUGCAACUUGGUCUCCGAUAAGUCUCUUCUUUUCCUCCUCCUCUGUACUUUGUGCUGACAACACCAGCGGAGCCCUCAACAUCACCUCCCGGCAGGUUUUUCGCCGUCUUUUGGAUGCAUGAGGACUUUAUUUCAGCUGGAUUAUCUUCAAAUGUUUUGACUCAGGCUCAUUCAAGAGGCUGUGAGCUGUUAACGGGUUCUGUCUUACAAGGUAGGAAACAUAAGGUCUGAAGUGCAGGAACCGAUAGAAACUCGUUAAAUGUGCUUAUUUGACACAUUUUCCACCGUUUAUACUGGAGUUUUGCAUUGCUGACUAAACAGCCGACAUUAGCAGUUCGCUAUCUGCGCAGGUGUCGCUGUUAAUUGCUCUCGAGCGCUUUUUAGUGAGACGUUUAUUUACGUCAGGAAAUAACUCUUAACUGAUAUUCAAUUAAAAAUAAAGAAAAUAACUACAGAGUUGCUGGAGAUAUUUCCAUACUUCUAGUGAUGUAAAUGUGCCCACAUCUUAAAGUAUCAUUUAAGUGAUUAUUUUUCCUACAGAAUGCACUCGAAGUGUUUUUAAAAGAGAAAGACAAAAUAUAACGAAGUAAAAAAGCCCAACAUGGUGCUCCAGACCCUCCCAACAUGCCCACACAAGUAUAGCCAUUUCUGUAAGUCUUUGCAGAAUAAAAUAACAAUUUCGUGUUAUUUAAGUUUGGCAGAGGUGUUAUUUAUUAUCAGUUAUUCAUCAGAUAAUUUCCAAAUAUUCCUGACUUACGUUCAAGCUGCAGGACAGAUGUUUACCUGCAUCACAGCAAAAGGUUUAACAUAGAGAUUAGUUGUAAGAAGAAAAAAAAAAAGGACUAUGAAACAUUUGCACCUGUCUGCUCAGAUUGAGUGCAUUUGCUUCAUUUCUGCACUUCCACACAGGUUUUGGUGGUCUCUCUCCUCAGAUUUGGGUCAGAUUUUAGACAUUACAGAGGUUACAUCACAUGAGGAGUUCACAUCUUGCCCAGCCGCACCCAUCAGGUGGCCAGUCUGCUGCUAAUAUGAACCUUUCAUGAGCAUGAAGCCAUCCAUGACUUCUAUCUCCCCCUGUUACCAGGAAUUGUUACACUUUCUCCGGGACAGUUUGUGGUGCUCUGCAACUGACAUACAAAAAGAAAAUGUAGCAUGACUGCAGUUGAUGCAUAAUAUGAGCAAACUGUGCUCUGUUUAUAAUAAUUGGGUUGAGAUGACUGGUUGAAAAUUGCUCAGAUUGGCCCCAAUUGGAUCCCUGUGAUCACGAUCAGGACUAAUCUACUUAAUGCUGCAUGCAUCUUGUGCUCUGAUCUAUAAUUUUUUAUUUAAUUUAUGAACCUUUCUGGAUGCUUUUUGGUCUCCUGUACCAGCUUUGCUUUUGUGUCUUGUGUUCUGUUGUUUGAUUUAAAGCUCCUCUGAGGAAAUUUUGACCUGUGUCAAUUAUUGUGUUUCUUCUUCCCUCAGCAUACUUAAACAGUGUCUUCUAGAAAAUAAAUCUAAUCCUGUUGACCUUUUACAGUCCGAUGUUUCAUUUUGUGAGAAUAUUUUGUUUGGAAACUAUAAAAUCAGGGCUGUUUCUAAAGCUACAUGACUGACAUCUACCCCUACUAUAGUUUUGUUUUGUCUUUGGACACCGUAAAAGGCAGCAAUAUGGAUUUCAGCCCACUUCAUGGAUGUCAAAAACGCCCUCACAUGGGCUUUAAAGCAUGUUGUAACAUGUUUGAAAAGGUACUUAUUUUUAUUUCAUCUACAAGAGCUGAAUUUCAUUAAUUUUUUCUUCUAUUUGUAUCCACAGAUGGACUCAGCACCUCUGUUAACAUCCUAAGGACAAGCAGAAAGGACAACAUAAUUCAUCCAGUAACAGGUAUGACCCUAAACCUCCACAGAAACCGUGCUGAACACCAACUUCAGCUUAAUAAGUAGUUGUGUUGUGGGUUUGGUAAUAUUCUACUCCAACGUGUUAAAGUUCGGCCACAGCUGUCAGCACCAAGUGGAAAAAUGCUGCAAGUCUGCAGACGGCCGCCCCAGGACUACAUCUUGUCCUCUUUACGACAUUUUUUUUUUUUUCAUAAUACACAUGCUUUACACAGCCUGGGUGACAGCAGUUUUUCCAGUGCAGAAAUGAUCUAAGCUGUUUGAUUCUCAGACAAGUGCAGUAAAGUGCAAAACAGGUGUUGGCCUAGUUGGAAAGGCAAGCUUGUGUUUGUCGUGUGUGUGUUUACUGCUGCUUUCACAGAAGUUCAGUUUAUAUUGAGUCAAAAAAAAUCCUCCAGACAUGCUCUAGAGCUGAAUUGAAUGCAUGCAUACUUAGCUGGAUUGUGCAUACAGUGGAUUGUAAUUCUUAUAAAAGCUCAUAAAGCCCCAGUUUAAAUAAGUCUUACAGAGAACAAAAGGUAGUAAUAGGAUUAACUUGAUUUUUUUUCAGUUUGACCUCCUUAACUGUGCCAUUUCUUAAAAAAAAGUAUAUACUGAGCUUUUUUUAGGAUCUAAAAAUGAACUAAAUUAAAGUUAUAGUUCAGAUACAGUAAAUGUAAGACACAUCUGGAGUCAUCCAAAUUAGAUACCUGCACAUUUCAGUUGAAGUGUCUAUUUUCAUUUAUUAAAUAUUUGUGACUUUCUUUUCAGCUUUUAUCCAUAAAUAGGUGACUAUAUAGUUAAAGUGUAAAGAAACAACUCAUCAAAGUUUCUGUGAGCCUCAAGUUAUAUGAUAAGAUAAGAAGAACUUUAUUUAUCCCAGAGGGGAUAUCCGUUAUGAUGAUGUCAAAUAAUCACUUCUUUUUUCCUACAAGAGUUAAAAACCGCUAAAGUCAUUAUUCAGUGCCAUAAUGACGCAAGAGAAGCCAAAGUUAGAAAUUUGCCCUUUAAAAAGAUAAUGAUUUUUUUUAAUGCAUGACAGGAGCUUUAAAGUACAGUGCGGUGAAUAGAGUAGGAAACUGGGAAGCGAGAGUGGGGACUAAUGUGUGGCAAAGAGCUGCAGAUCCGAUUUGACCCCAGGUCUUUACUUUGAGGCAGUACUGUCUGUACAAGGGAUGCAAUUCAACAGCUGAGAGACAUUACUGCACCCCAAAUGGUUAAUUCCUGAUAAAUCAUUGCAUCUUUAUUACUCACUACUGCAUGUGAGCACUUAUCUUGUUCUGCUUAUAAUAGAAAGGAACCUACUGACUAAAUAUUGGGUGAUAAGAGGCGUGUUCGGACUUCCUUUUCUAUAUCUAAACAGUGAUAUUUUCCACCAUGACAUCAGUGACUAAAUUCCUCUCCAUACAGCUUCCCACCACUGUUAUACUCAGGAAACGUCAGCUGAACCCAACUUGAUGGUUGCUGACUCACAUGGGAAACAGUCCAACGUUUCUCCUUUAACCUGAGAUCAAAACUCAUUUGAUCCGCUGCUCCACCCAUCAGAAACAAGCCAGCCGGCUGUUUCUUUGUGUCCUGCCUUUUUAGUUUAGAUUAGCACCCUGCACUGUGAAGCAUGCCUGUGUGAUCACACUGUGUAGGAUUACAAUGCAUGACUCUGUGAAUGGAUGCUGCUUCUCUGUGCCAGGCUCCGCAGACUGUAUGCAAACCCAGGAACUGCUACAUGCUCUUUGUGUGUGUGUGUGUGUGUGUGUGUGUGUGUGUGUGUGUGUGUGUGUGUGUGUGUGUGUGUGUGUGUGUGUGUGUGUGUGUGUGUGUGUGUGUGUGUGUGUGUGUGUGUGUGUGUGUGUGUGUGGAAAAACACAGUGAGGUCAUGGCCGCUGCUGUAGCGUCUGGUUACAUGUGUGUCGUCCUCACAGGGCAACUGACACUGGCUCUGUCUCUCCUUUUGUUUUCUUCUCUAAUCUCUCACUCUGUACCAUUUACCUAACACUCUCUCACACACACAAACCAUACAUCUGAUCAUAACUACAACUGUUUUUGAGAAACUGUCGGGACUUCCUUGCAGUCCAUGUUAGCACCAGAUGUGUGUUACUGCUAUUUUAAAAGCCUGUAGACUUGUAACAACCCUUUAAACCAACAAGACCUGCUAAAAGACCUAAAUACAUCCCACUUUUUACUCUGGACACUCACACAUUCAAAGAAAGUAUAAGAAAUGACUCGCAGUGUAAAUCACAAGUUUUAUCCCAGCUCACAAAACUAUAUAAUAUCUAAUAAACUAAUAUGGUUGUAAGCGCAACACAAAGGGGUCUUAAUAAAGUCUUCCUUUUCUUACUCAAAGCCUUCAAAGAUUGUUAAUUCAAACCUUCUUAACCCCAAAGUCUUCAUCAGGUGGUUGCUGGUGAAAAAUAAACAAAAAUACUCACCUAAAGCCAUCUUUGAAAUGUAUAUGGAAGAAAAAUAGACAGCUAAUUAAUUUGGGUUGAUUAAUGGAAUUUUGAUAUCAUAGCCCUAAUAUCUGCCCUCAUAAGGCCAAUAUCACCUUUAUCAUUACUCUAUAAAACACAUUUACUCUUUCUAAAUGACAGAAAAUCAAAUCUAAAGCAGUUUCCAAAUAGUGUUCUGUUAUGAGGUAUAAAACAAUGUUGUUUAAUAUUGCCUCUGACAUAAAUACCAUGCAUGAUACAAUGUAUUUGUCUUUUUCAUCUACUCAUUAAAAAACAACCCAUAGUACACAUUACAAGUUAACAUUUUACUUUAAUCUGCAUGGAAUAAUAAAUUUCUAGACAACUUUCUUCUUCUUUCUUUUUGUACUGUACAGAAGUUCUGACUUUAAAUAAGCCUGUAUGAAUAUAACUAAAUAAAUGCAACUUAGCAAAACGGAGUAGAGAGAUACUUCAAGGAACAGUGGAGAGCACCAGCCCUCUUCCUGGUUCGGUCAGCGGAGAAAUAUUCAAUUUUCAAUUCAGAGUGAAUUUAAAUGAUUACAGGGGGAAUGAUGGAGGAGAAAUACACAAAUAAUAAAGUACCACUUCAUACAAAGAUAUGAUUGAAAUACAUUUGGUGAUCAUUUGGAUCAUAAACAGCCGUGAUAGAGCACAGAGGCUGUUACAUUGUACAGAUACUCAUAUUAUUGGUUAUUUCUAUUCAAGGCUGAGAAAAAAAAAAUUUGAAACUUUAAAUACCACAAAAUUCACAAGACCUCAGAAUCCAGAGAUGCUUUAAAGUAUGUUUAAUAUAUGGUGAAACCCAUCCUGGAGACUGUCUAACCACAGCGUUGUAAAAUUUCAUAUCCGCAGGGUGUUAGAUUCCUUGAACGGGACCACUUUGAUACGAUCAGAAUAAGGAGUUUUCUGGUAUGACUGAUGUGUUUUGAAGGCAUAAGGGUCACAUUCCUGGUACCAGCUCAGUAUUUUCAUGCUUAAACAAUGAAAAGUAAUGUUAAGACAGAUAUAGCAUUACUCUAGCCAAAUACUGAGUCCAUAUAUUUAAGGAUAUGGGGGCAUAUUUGGUUAUUUUAUUAAGUUAGGAAAAUUCUGCACUGUAUUUGCUCUGGUAUAAAUCAUUUCAAUAAACCUUAAUCUGAUACACCCAUAUUAAUGAAUACAUUGAGCUUUACAUUUAGUGUCUUUUUUUAUGGAAAACCCAACUUUUAAAUCUUUAUUUGAAUAUCUGAGCUGUAAAUAGAUAAAAUGAGGAUUAUACUUUUCAAACUUUGAAACUUGUGUUUCCUCAUACAGUCACACAUUAAGGGAAUAAAAGAAACAUAACAAAUACAAACUAAAGCACACACACAUAUUUAGGUGUUUUUCUUUUGUCGUAGCAUUCAAAACAACAAUCAGAGGGAGUGAAUGGGCUCUUGUUUAGGCUCAGCUGUGCUUUAAUGCUCUGCUUUCUUCCUCUAAUCUACCUUACUCCUGUUUUCGUUGAGUAACUUGACCUCCCUUUAACUUUUAAUCAACGGGUUUGAGGCUCAUUGAGAAUAGAGGUAAUGUAUCACUAAACAAUACUCUGCUGCAGCUACUACACUAUUUAUCCAUCACUGAAUUCUGCUCUGUUGUUGUGAAGUGUCCUCGCUCCAAAACAGUAUCAAGUAAGUCAUUAAAUCCAGCAGCUGCUCUGAGAACUGAUUAACUUGUUGUGCUGAUCAACAACCACAUUAAACUGAACAGAUAUACAGUAUGGUCAGUGUGAGCUCCUGAGGCCCUUCAACAGAGCUGUAGACAGCAGUUUGUGGUAUAAAUGGAGGUAAUAGUAGACGGCAACGUAUGAGGCAGUUAUUUUUGACCUGCUGAACAAAUGGCUUUAUUGUCCGGACUCUAGGUGCGUGAAAUCACUUGAUAUGUCGGGGUAAUGUUAUAUAAUACCCUCCAAGGGGCCCCAUGGCAGUGUGUGUGUGCCUUUGUGUUACCUUUUUAUGUCUGGUGAUUCUGCAGGCAUGUGUGGUUUUGUUCUCCUUCUCCGUCACAUUAAUAUUAGAUAUGUUCAGAGGGGCUGGAUGUAGGUGUAAGCAGCGGUGCAGCCCGGGGUAACAUUGUCCUUAACGUUUUAUUACUGUGUCAAAUCAAUUCAUGUUGUAUUAACCUUUGAGCUAAAGGCUCCUUGCUGCGGUCAGCUGGCCCAGCCGCAGUCUGCACACCCCUCGGGACAACUCUCUCACCCUCCCGCUUUUAUACACACAAGCAUGCACAAGUACACACUUAAUCCUGUUGAAAUUUAUGGAUUUCGAUGGAUUUAUUGUCUUAAGGAUUUAUUCCUGUGGUAUUUGUUGGGAGAAAUAGUCUUUCUCACCCUUGAGUUCAACUCGCUGCUGCAGACUAGAGGACUCAGUCCAGGAUAUGAACGAGUGAUUUUUACUCUUGAACAUUUAUUCUUACUGAGAGCUGAUUAAAAACCACAGCACUUACGGAGAGGAAUACUGAGACCACAAAUACCGAACAUUUCCUGUGUAUGAUAAGUUUUAGGAGGCAUUUUGUGAAAAUUUACAAUUUCUGCUCAUGGUUGACAUGUCUCAAAGCUUAAAAAUCCAUUCACUUUGUGAGACCAGCAGCUUUCAGGACAAUAAACUUUGUGUAUUUCAGCAACAUCCAGGAGCUUUUCGGUGUAUUUUCAGGAACUAUUUGGUGUAUAAAUAAAAUCUUAUCGAUUUCCAUUAUACACUAAAUUUUACAGUACUUUUAGUAGAUGUCUUAUAUUGUUCACUUACUGAAAAACAGGCAAAAGUAAGGCUCUGAAAUCAAACCAAAUCAAAGGAUAGGUAAUAUUUAGAUCUUUAUUGCCGAGUUACAAAGUUUGAUUUUCUUGAGGCAUUGGGACCAAAACCCUCUCUAGUCUGCACCAGGAUUCUUUGUCCUGUUUGGCUCUGUGAGGAAAAGCCAUCAUCUUGCACAUAGAUGAUGUGACAGUCUGCUAUCUGAUAUCCGAUAUAAGGCCAAUACUGACUCAAUAAAUCAGUCUGGCCCUGAUCACAUGUUUUCUAAACCAGACUCCUCUCUGUACUUCGAUCUUGUCUGACCUAAAGCUCAGUGGAGAGUAAUGGGCAGCUCACAUUCACUCCACAUCACAGAGGGGACCGACACUGACCCUGGAUCAGGUAGCCUGUAGUUAGUGCCGAUGUAAGAGGAUCCCCUCCCAUCUGGGUGGACUCUUGGCUUUACGUCUGACCAUGUGUGUGUUUGUCUAAGUGUGUAAGAGGUGAAUGCUCUCCAGUGACGUCGUCUACAGAUUCAGACUCAUUUGAACAACUUGUGGAAGUGUAGGAGGGGGGAGAGACACAAUGCAUGUUUAUUUAAUGUGUAUGUCUGUGUAUGUCUGUGGGCGUGUGCAUGUCUGGGUGUUUUGUAUAUGUGAGCGUGUAGAUGGGUUCAGACGCCUCUGUGCACAAAGACGGUGCAGAGAGCAGGGGUGAGAAGGGUUGGGUAGAAGUUGAGGAUGCUGAGCAGUAAACUGUGAAGGAAAAUAGUCAAAGGGAAGUUUCUCUGCUUUUUUUUUACUCAGUAAAUUCAAUGAUUCUUGUUUUUCACAACAGCACAACAAUUUUAAAAGUUCUUUCAUGAUGUUUAGUUUGCGUGUGUAUUUCAGACAUCCUUGUAUGUGUGUGUGCGUCAGCAUUUGUAAGUUUGUUUGACACUGUGUUAUUGUCUGGAUUUUAAGUCUGUGUGUGUAUAUCCAUAUUUGUGUGUUUGUGAGUGUGUGUGUGUGUGUGUGUGUGUGUGUGUGUGUGUGUGUGUGUGUGUGUGUGUGUGUGUGUGUGUGUGUGUGUGUGUGUGUGUGUGUGUACGCUUUCCUUCCUGACCAGAGUGCAGAGCAUGUGCAGGAAUGUUAAUGUCUUCUUCCUUUGUUGUCCGUGCAGACAGCCGAGUGUGACUGUGCAUAUUCAUGAAGCCACUUUCCUGGAACACAUUAAAUUUUACCAAGAGAAGAAAAGAGAUAAAAAAUCAAGAAUUAAAAGAGAAGCAAAAGACAGAGAGUCAGAAGUUUCCUCUUUAUUUAGACAUACAUUUAAGUCUGUGCAUACCAGUUGUCUAACCUUUAUUUAUCUGCUUCUGUUGAUAUGUACAUAAAGUAUCCUGUUUAACGGAAACAACUCAGUUUAUUGAGAUUGUUUUAAACAAACCUUUUCCCUGUUAAAUCCCCUGGCUGUCAGCCAGUUCCAGAUUUGUUAUGCUGACUAUAAAUAAUCUCCAUGUGAACCUGUCAUGUGGCUCAGCAUUUCAUCAUUAAAUCAGGUUCAACUUCUGAACUCUGCAGUGCUCCACCAGUGUCUGCACCACAGUUUUGGGUCAUUUAGAGGUUAAACUUUUAGACUGUCUUUAAAUGUUUCAUACUUCUAGAUGAACACAACCCAAGCUAAAAAUGUAUCAGUCAAGAAAAAGGAAAAUUAAUAGAAUUAUUGAUAUUCAGUCAUAAAUAGAAAAAGAAAUAAAAAGAGGACAGUUGCCAUAGAGGUUUAUGAACUCAUCACAGUGGUUGCUGGUUCGCCUUUCAACCAUGUGUCUGUUUCCUCAUCCUCCAGUAUACAAGCAGAGCUCUAGGUAGGCCUGUCACGAUAACAAAUUUUGCUGGACGAUAAUUGCGCUACAAAUUAUCGCCGAUAAACGAUAUUAUUGACACCAUUUUUUAAAUUAUAGAUAAUGAUAUUAGAUGGCAAUAAUGCGAGUACACCAUGUCAAAAGUGAUAAACUUUAAUUUCCACACGAGAACAACACUGGUUGUUUUUGUUGACUAAAAUAUUUCCCUUUUCUCCCACGACGAAGACGUAACGUUGACGAGCUAAACAUAAGUCGAAGAUGACUAAAAUGUGACGAGACGAAAGUGCGUUUACGUUGAUGGGACGAGACGAAAAUGACGAACAGAGUUGCAAAACUCAGUCAGUUAAACGCUAAACAUAUAGGAGCAGCUUCAGUCCGCUCUGACAGCUCUCAUCAGCCUGCUGUGCUCCUCCAACACACAGACACACACGCGCGCGCGCGCACACACACACACACGUGGAGUUUUGUGGUUGACGAAAACAAAACUGGAUUAAAGCCGAAAUAUUCCCACACUUGGGCUGUUGCGUUCGGUUUAGACACCAAAGCUGUCGUGUUCAUUCUGUUAGCUUGCUUUUCACUCUCGACGCUCACUUGAAGCACUGUAACCAAAAAGUCUGUGUCUGUGUGCCUGUGCGCGCCAGCCCCCUCGUGACAAAGACACUGAAUGACUGACAGGAGGGUUCACUAACUCCGUUCAUUCCGCUAUAGAGCCAACGCCCCCAGGUGCCGAGAACAAUGCGCAGAGUGAGACCUCUUCUCUCAUCCAGCGUGUUUGGUAGCGAGAGAGGAGGAAAACAAACGCACGUCAAUUAUCGAGGCUGGCAAAGUUAUCGACCUCGUUUUUAUUUAUCGAGCGAUAAGGCGAUUUAUUGAUUAUCGCGACAGGCCUAGCUCUAGGUCUUUUGAACCGUAGGUUUAUUUAUAACCAUUGUAAAAUGUUGUUGCCCUCAUUUACACUUGGGCCCCUGGGAUUGGAAAAAAUCGGGGAACCUCAAACGCUUUGUGUCCCUAAACAUCCUUACAGUUUUUGGCAAGAUUUGUGUGUGCAUUGCUCUAGCUCGUGUUCUUUCAUUAUUUUGGAUCAAACAGUUAUGCAAACUAGGGAUUUCUAAGGGCUGGCAUCAAAAGCUGAUGUGCAACCACCAUUUUUUAGGCUGCACAUUUCCCAAUGUAAAUUUGUCAGAAAUAAUACCUAGUUUUCUAUUGCAUGAAAAAAGAAAAAAAAAAAUCUUUAAACAGCCAUUUCACACCGCCACUUUGGUGAGGAAGUCAUUUUUUAGAGUAUCACAAACAACAAAUGAAGAUAUUCUUUUUAUUUUUAGUCAGAGUUUUAGUCCUAAUCUUGCCUCAUUCAGUUGAUCUGCAGUUUGUCUGUGAAUGAAUGCCCUUAUUUAACUUUUGAGAAGACACGAUGAAGCUCAAAUAGCUGUCCCUCAUCCAUUGUUAAAAAUAUCCCGAGUACCUCUUUUCUGUGUCAAACAGAAAACAUAUUCAAAUGAACCAACUAUAGUUGGUGUCUAAUUUUGCCGGGUGAAAUCACACAGUCUUGUGCCUGCGGGGUAAACUGAGGUUUCUGUGAGAUAAGCAGAUAUCUCCCCUCCUCCUUAUCUGCAGAGGAGCUUUUGCAGCAGAUUGUAGGUUUUUUUUUUGGUAGCUCUGCCAAUCUCUCCCUCACUACCACAGUUUAUCAGCGUAUCAGUCACCAAGUCACCGCUGUUUUCAUGACUCACUGUUUGCAGAGCUGAAUCACUUGAACGUUUCAGUACCAUCAGUGAUGAAAAGCAGAGUGAGCAGAGAUUAAAUGAUGGAUGCGUGAGCAACAGUUGUGACAAGUUAGCAUUCGUCUGUGUUUCUGAUCUGGUGUUGUGUUUCUAUGUGAGUAACUGUGAGUGUGAAGUGUGAGCGUAUUGUGGGUUGUGAUGAUAAAGGUAUCUGUGUGAGUGCGUUUGAUAAGUGCUAUAAAAGAUAAAGAGGGGGAUCCCUUUGAGUGAGCUGCUGUGUUGAGCGGCUCUAUCAGUUGUUGGAAAUUUGGAGAAUGUGUUUGAUGUGAAGGAGAGCAGGAGUGAGUGUUUAUUUGAGAGGGAGAGUGAUGAGAGACAGAGAGCCUGGACUGCAAAGUGCAAAGGAUUAUCAAAUAUUUUGUUUUGCGCUCUGUAAGAAUGAAACUCUUUUUGGAUGCAAACAAGUGCUGGAUGAGGAUUUUUUGCACUGGAAAGCUGCACAGUAGGUGUUAAGCGGCUGUACAUGCAGACGCUUGAAUAAACAUCGCUUCACCAAAGAGCAUUUCCUCAAGGUUUUUGUCUUACAAACAUUUUGCGAGUUGUUUAAUCAGACUCUACAUUCCUGAUGGGUUACCCACUCAGAGAAAUGAUAAGAUACGAAACAACAAGUCCUGCGAGGAUGCAACAAAGUGAGCCUUUAGAUCCUCAAAGAGUGCAACCACUUCGGCACGUUUGAGGCCAACACAGGAAAGAAAAACUUCAGUUAUAUAGGACCACUUCAGUCUUAAUAACUAUGUUGAUAUAUUGUUUUGUUGAACUGACUUGGGGUCGUAUGAGGUCUGGUAAGUGUUGAGGCAUCAGGAUUUUUAACACCCCAUACCCAGAUUAUAAUCUUUCUUAGCCUUAAUUCCCUCUAGCUAUUCAAAAUAAAUCUCUUGGCUUUUUCCCUUUGCCUUCUUUUCAUAAGACUGUAACCACUUAAACAUGUCAGCUAUCUAUACAUUUAGAAAUGUUUGUUUUUAAAGUGACCUUUACUGUCAGCUUUGUUGUGUUUUUGUCCGACAACACUGAUUAUUAGCUGCGGGACAAUAUAGUUUGAUAAGUGGCGUAUUUACAUGUUGUCUCAGAAACAGACUUCAUAAUCGGUGUUUCAAUUGUCACAGAGUUCACUGGCAGAAUCCCACUUGCCCUCCAGUUUUAGGAUGUCUUUUUAUAACUGGACAUGACCUCUGACCCCGCUGUGGAGGACAGCACUGUGACAAAAUGAAUUCACCCCGAAGGAAGCAGUAAAAAACAUAGAUCAGCAGCUGAUUCUGGGCGUGACAGAAAGGAAUGCUUCAAGAUGAGUUAAGUAACAGGUUUCGGACAGAUCCUAUAUGUUGCGCUCUCAUGACUUCCACUUCAUCUGAAUCACAAUGCACAGGUACUAACAGGAUGCAGAACAAGUUUAGAUACUGUCUUACCCAUCAGUCAAAAAUAAGUGGAAACAAAUGAGAAUUUCUUUGAAUCCUCAAAGUAAAUGUUACCCUGUAGAAAAACCCCUGGAGUGGUGAAUGUGCCGGUGUGCUGUGUCAGGCAGCAAACAGCAGACACUGUUAUUGACAGGAAACAGAGAUAAGAAUGUCAAUAGGCUCCUGAGUGGAUCUCUUAGCUGUGCUUUUGUUCUCUGUGCAGCAGACGGAGGAUUUACUGUCAUCAGUCAAACCGGACAGCACACCUGGUGUCUCUUCUCUAACACGCAGGCAUGCACAUUUAUCAGUUUGUGUGGGUGUGAGUGUGUAGGGUGUGUGUGUGUGUGUGAGUGUAAUGAAUGAAUUGUCCUCCAGUUUCCAUCUUCAGGGGAAUUGCAACAGCGAGUCUGAGUGAAGAAUGACAGAUACACCUGGAAUGUUUAUGUAAUGUUUCCGUGUGUGAGUUAUGCAAACGCUGUAUUAGUGUAUGUUUUCUUUUAUGAGCUGCACGUCUCUCUGAAAUCUUUGGGAGGAUGAAAAGGAGGCAAAUUGUAAAGUUGCGGAUUUAUUGAUAAAUAACAGUCAGUCAUGAUUGACUAUGUUAAACAGAUGUUUUAUAUAUGGAUUAUGGGCCCACUGAAGUUCUAACAGCUCCUUUACAAAGACCUCCCUCUGUCAUGCAGUCAUGAAGAUAAAUCCAUGACUGCUUGUCAUUUCAUUCAUUUGUGUAUUCCCUCUCCUCUGCUGACCUCAAUUUGUUAAAUGUGUCAGAAGAGGACAAGGAUCUGGGAGGCUUUUUAGAGAGCCACAAUGAGGAUCCACUAGUGCAGUGGUUCUCAAGUCCAGUCCUCGAGGCCCACUGUCCUGCAUGUUUUGGAUGCUCCAACACACCUUUUGGAUGCUCCAACACACCUGAUUCAAAUAAUCAGCUCGUUAUCAAGCUCUGUAAUGGCUUAAUAACGAGCUAAUGAUUUGAAUAAGGUGUGUUGGAGCAGUGGAACAUCCAAAACAUGCAGGACAGUGGGCCUCGAGGACUGUAUACGUCCCUGAUGCUAGAAAUUUAAAAGGACCCUCAAGUUCUCGAAGGCAAUGAAACUUUCAGGGCAUAACUAUUUGUCUCAGAUUAACAAAUAUGCAUGGAAUAUUCCGUUUUUUUCAAAGCUGUUUCUAAGGAUGAGACACGGAGACAAAAUGCUGCACCCAGCAUCUUCUUCAGUACGCUCAGAGUUUGUUUAGUGUACGUUAAGCUGCUCUGGGUGUCAUUGAUAAAGCAUCUGAGCUUGCUUUGCUCAGGAGGCGCUGGUGUUGCUGCUCCGGUUAUACACUAAUGAGGCGGGACUAGUCACCCAGGUAACCAGGAAAAUAGAUGACUGUUAGAUGACAUCAAAAAGACAGAGGAGUCCACUUUGAGGACAGAUGAGCUGUUGUUGCUGAGUGCUGUAAUUGACAGUGAGGAAAACAAAGGGACCCUGCUGACUUUGAGGUUGUUACACCAUGGUAAUUUACUUUUAUGUUGCUGGGCUAACAAAAUUUAGCAGGACUUUAUCUGAACUUCUUUACAGUAUUAUGUUUGAGAGUAUCUGAGCAUGAGGAGGAAUCAAAUCAUCCCUCCCUGAGAGAAAACUCUCUGAAAGGCCUGAAGCCAGAGAUCUACCAGAAACAUGUGGAUGAAUUACUCGUCCUCACUUCACCUCCUAUAUAUGUGAACACCUUCAAAAUGUUCCAACUUAAGAGGGUUGUCCUCAUCUAACUGUCCCUGUGACCCAAACACACACCCGGACUCACACACACACACAAAAACACAAACACACACAGGCACACACACAAAAACACAAACACAUACACACUUGCACUCUUGAACCUGUCGACAGCCACACACAACCAUUUACACUUGAACACUCAAGUAUGCACCAACAGAGCAACACCAUAAAUAUAGAAAAUAGUUUGGCGACAGUUGUAGGCAGGCAGUCCUACACACACAAACACACUCGCGCACAGAGACACACACACACACACAAACCUCGGUUAGGCCAGCUGCUGGGAGAGACGAGAAGUUUUGAAUGGGAGUGACAGCUGUGGAUUCCUCAGGAUGAAGUGGGGAGUAAAACAGAUAGAAAAGGAGAGAUAAGUUGUAAGUUAUAAGAAAAGGAAUGAGAGAGAGGAAGAGAGCCAAGGAGAAAUUAAAUGGUUUGUUUUUAUUUAAUAAAAACAGAUUAAAAUGAAUUUGAACUUAAAGACAGGAGGGAAUAGAGCUUUAGUGGAGGAUGGUGAGUCUGAGUUUUAGUGGAAGGGGGAAAAAGUACUUAUUUUCUUUAGUCAUGAUUUGAUUGUUUUUGUGACAUUUUAUUAAUAUAUAAAUUAUUGGUUUGUAAGUAAUAGUACACAGUUUUAUGGCAAUAUCUUGAUUGUUACCUAUUGUAGCAAGAUAAAGGUGCCUUAAUUUACUUGAAUCACCAGUUCUGUCUGUUUAAAUCUGAUGUAAACAAAAAAAGUUGAGGAAGCUCAGAUCUAUUCUUCAAAAGCAUAAAAACUGAGUCUUUACAAAGGGAAAAUAAUAAGGGUGUUAACAAACCACCAUGCUCAUAACACAAAUUGUAGUCUACUGAAUCAUAACCUCUGUGCCAUCAUUCUUAUCACUGCACUCUUGCCCAAACACAGAUCCAAUCACUACAUGAUAAUCUGAACUCAGGUCCUGACACCACAUUUAUUCAUCUUCAGUACUCAACUGACAGUUUUAAUAAGCUCAUACUUUUUGAGUUUUCUGUAGGUACAUUUCAUAAAUAAUGAACUAAAACACCAAGUUUUGGUGUCCAGUUUGACAUUCUCAGGUUUAGUUGAGCUCCUACAGUACAGAGCAUGUGAUCCUAACUGCCAGUAGAUGACUAUUCAUAGAGAUCCUGUGUUGCACAAGGCUGAUUUAGCAACUUUGUAGAUUUUUUUUUUCUAAGUGAGUCUCCCUCACAUCCUGACUCUUCAAAAUUUACAUAAUAAUCCCCUUUAAACUGUUAAAUAUAUUUAGUUUCCCACUGGAUUCUUAAACAGCAGUGUGGUAACACUCAGUGAUACUAAGUUGACCUUUUAAUAUCAUUUUUUUCUCUUUCCUGAGAAAUCACUUUGGUUAGCAUGAAGUGGUGAGUUUUACACUCCCCAGAAAAAAAGUAGAUUAUGACUCAGAGGAAAGAGAAAAGUGGAUAUUUUAACAAGCUCCGACUUUGUGGUUCAUGUCAUCAAAUUUGACCAAACAGAUUAUAGGAAAAGAAAACUUGUCAAAUUACUACAACCACUUUGAUUGGCAGGAAUCUCCAUAAAAACACUGCUAUGUUUAUCCGGCAGUAAAAGGAAAAAAAGGGUAACAAUCUGCCGAAAUGACCCAUGCUGUUAAAAAGAGUCACUUUUAAAGGCUUUUAGGGACUUAUCGGCAAACUCUGAAGGAAGACUUUGUCUGUACUUAUCUUUUGGGGAUCUCAGACAGUUUGGGAACUAUGUAUUCUGUUUAGUUUCUUUGAGAGUUAGAUGAUAAAAUCAGUCCUCUCUUAAAUCUGUCUCAUGCAUAAGAUUGGUAGCUGAAGAAACAUUUCAGUAUUGUUUUGUCUAAAGGAAAAAAAUGGAUGUCUGGAUUUUUGUAGAGGAUUGACCCAUUUACACUGGAAAAAAACAAGCAAAUGUUUUUGACUUAUUUCAGUUUUAAAAAGUUUUUUGAACUCAAUAUAAGCACUUUUCUCUGAAAAGUGAAAAAAAAGUUGUUUCAGUAUGUUAUGAUAAAAAAAUAAGACCUGAAUUACUUUUAAUAAAUUAUUUUAAAAUAUCUUGAAGUGAGGUAAAAACAAUUUACUGGUUAAGUUUCUUUAAUCAAGAAUAAUUUUAUAAGGUACUGAGUGAAGACAUAAAAGUAUUUAGCAACAGUCUGCAGACUGGUUCUAGAUAGAAACACCUUUGCUAACCCUAUCAUUAAGGGGGCAAUGGUGGCCUUUGAGGACAAAAAGCUCCUGUAAUGGUUGACAAUAUGAUCCUUUAGCAGUUGGUGCAUUUUGGAUAAACACUCACCAAAUACAAAAACAUGCAUCAACUAUGUCCUUUCUGCAGCAGAAACAGGGUGGUACAAGAUGGCAGCCUAGGUGGCCUAUUUUAAGUUUAAAAACCAUAGUUAUGUGAUUAUAAACUUAUUUAAACUUAUUUAGAUUAUAUUCUAUCUCUACCCAGUCUGUCCUGCUUAACAUCUUCAAAGAUAGCAAAGUGCAGCUUUUAGGACCUUCAAGUCUUAAGGUCCUUACACACCAGCGAAUUUGCGGAGCGAAGCGAAAAAGCGAGACGAAAAUUGCGAAUAUUCACUGAAAAAUCGCUUUCGCCUAUACACACCGGCCGCGAAGCAAAUAUGCGUAUAUUUUUUGCAAAGCGAAUUAAUAAAGUCGUUUUGCGGCACGGAGGAGAGGAGAUGCGAGGUGGAAGACAAGAGAGUGUCAUCUUGUGAGGAAACUACUUCAUUAGUAAUUAGAAAGAGUUUUGGAUGCACCUCAGCUGCCUUUCUCUGCGUAUUCAUAAUCUCAAACUUCUCCCUCUCCUCCAGCCGUAUGGGUCUGUGACGUCAUCAACAACAUGACUUUUGAUUGGCCAGAGGUCUAGCAGGUCCAGAUAUUCGCCUGCGAAUAUCCGAAAAAUUCGACACAGGAGCGAAAAAAUAAAAGCGGCUUUUCGCCCCGCGGAAAAAUCGCCGCCGGUGUGGAAGCUUGCAUUGACUUUAAGCUGUUUUAAAAAAAGGCGAACAAUUCGCCUGGCGAAUUCUCGCCCGGUGUGUAAGGACCUUUAGAAGAUUCUUCAGGACAGACUUGCUUAGUUUAGUCAAAAAGUUGCACCUGAAACUGUCUUUUUAAUCUGUCAUCAAAGUUUUUCAAUUUGUACUUUUAUCUUUGCAUUCUUAAACUUAGUUGUGCGCGUUUUGUAAUCUAUCUGCAGUAUAGUUCGCAAGUAUGCACAUUUAUAUGCAUGUUUGACACUUGCAUCUUGAGGACAAAUAGGGCAAAUGGUACUUAUUAAGUAACAACAUUAUAAAGAUGCCGCAGGGAAACUCAUACCAUUUAGAUUUUAUUCUCUUAUUCUGGUGAAAGUGGAGCCACUUUUAUGGGGGAAAUAAUUUCUGUUUUCAUGCUAACUCUCAACUUUCUGAGAUGUAUGAUUUUUGCUGUCUCUCCCACUGGUCCUCACUCAUUGCUUGUUUAAUAACUGAACUUUGUGUUAUGUUAAGGAGGCUCUUUGACCUGUUUCCAGUCCUCAUAAUAAGAUAAAAGUGUUUGUUUUGUCCAACCCAACAACACGACGCCUGAAGUUAAUUUAAGUUUAUCAAAGCGAUCAUUAAUCUUGCAGCUAACUUCAGUUAAACAUGAAUGAGUCAGGUCCAUUCAGGCUCAAAAACAACUGCAGUGGAUGAAAGAGAGUUUAACCGGCCUGUCAAUAGCUUAUGUAGUAGUUUUCCAUGUCCCUGUCAUGGGUGUGUUUGUGAGUGGUUGUGUGUUCAGUACAUUAGUGUGGUGCCUUCAGGGCCGCUGUUAGUCAUUAAUCUGGGUUGUUAAUGGAUGUCAAGCUCUCAGAUUUGCACACCAGCCGUGAUAUUAGAGGGGAAGAAAAACCCUGAUGUGGGAGUGGUUGUGUUGGGACAAGGGGACAGGGAGCCUCACUUGUUUUGGUUUCACAGUCCAGGGGGACACUUGACUGCCUCAGGGCUCAAGGGCACUGCGGCAGCAGCGUCACAGCAGCAGCAGGGGGAGGAGGAGGGGAGGAAAUGGGAGUCUAAACUCAGCUCUUAAACAGGAAGCCACCCUGCUUCUUUCAUUGUUGUGUUUUUAUAGACUCAACUUCCUGCCGGCCGUGCUGCCCUCGUUACCAUGGUUACAAUCCCUGUUGUUUAUGGGAUGGAUUGUAAAGGUCCAGCAGAGGAAAAAGCUGACGAUCAUCAGUAAGAGUCAGAAAAGUUGUUGUGUAAGUGGAGCUGAAAUGUUUUUAUUGUGCAACAGGGAGCCAAGAAGUGUAAAUGCUUUUUUUCAUGUCAAGAAAUGGUGACAAGACAUGUUUAUUUGCACUUUAUUGGAGCAUUUCAACCCAAUCUCCAUGGUUUUUAGUGUUAAGAAGAAUAAGACACACUUAGUUUGCCUUUAUUUAACUUCCUGUGAAGUUUCAGGACCCUUUAAGGACCUCUUUUAGUCCUUAAUCUGCAUAUUCUCCACCAAAAAAAAACCCCUCAUUUGCUCGCAGGCUUGGCACCACCUCUGUGUGAAUGAAAUGAUGAAAUCAACAGCUUAGUGUCGGCCAGCAUCAACAAACAGAGAUAGAGAGAUAAAGAGAGAGAGAGAGGGAGGGAGGAGAAGAAAGAGAAGGAGUUAAAGAAAAGAGGAUGUGGCCGGCUGUAAAAGAUGACUGGAGGGGAGUGGAGCUCUCUGUCUAAUUAUAGAUCCUGCUGUGAGCUGGCUGAGGCAGAAGUGCUGCUGGGGUUUUCAACACAACGCAAACACGGGUAUGUGUUUUUUGACUUUAUUUAUUGUUUACUUUAUUUUUAGUUUCUGCCAUUUUCGUGUUCAUGUGCACAUUUAUAUCUGGAGAAAAGGAGUGGGAACCUGCUCUGUCAAACUUUGUAGCUCUCGCAGCGCACCGGGAGCCUGCUGUGGUGUGUGUGUGUGUGUGUGUUUGUGUGUGAAACUCAGAUGGUUGAGACUUACCUCUGCGGCGUGAAGUUUAAAUGGAGAGGGCAAGAGAAAGAGAAAGAGAGUAAAAGAAAAAUACAGAGAGAGAGAGUUUCUAUUAAUCCUCCUGUGUCUCUCGUUGUUCUUUAGCUUUCUGCUGCUGACAACACUACACUUGUUUCAACAGCCUGUGUGUGUGUGAGAGAGAGAGAGUGUGUGCAUGUGUGCAUGUGCAUGUGUGUGAGCUUGCUGACCUUACAGACAGCAGCCCUGGAUGUUUAUGGAAACUUAGUCAGGACUUAGGAAACUGGACCCUCGCUGCAUUAUACAUCAACCUUCCUCUGUUACUGCCACACACACAAACACACACAGGAGCCAAAUACACUCAUUGUCCCUCAUGCACUUAUGCACACACACACUCACAAGUUUAAAUGUGAAAAAAUAGAGCAUGCACUCUUGGAUCAGGGGUCACUCACUUAGUCUGGGUCUGCUUAUUUUGGAUGCGUUAACCAGCACUCAGGUUUUUCUCUGUAGGAAAUGCUUCACAUGUUUUCGUAUCAGUUUAGAUCUUUAAAAAGACUUCAGAUAUUUUUUUGCAAAUUUGAUCUCAAUAAAAAACAAGAAUAGUCACGCUUUAAGCAAUGAGCAGACUCUGUUGUCUGGACACAAAUACCUCUGUGUAUAUGAAAAUGGAGGCAGUAUUUUAGCCAACAGUUUAGAGGAAGAUUAAAAAUGCACUUUCAGCACAAAGUUCAGGGUUUGUUUUAGUAAAGAAGGAAGUGAAGGGUAGUAAGAUCCUCAUAAUAUGGAACUGUAUCUUAAAUUUGGUACCAGUUAACUUUACGAGCUUCUUUUGGAGUGUCUUUCAAUAGCAUUCAGCCGCAAACUCAGUGUCCAAGGUCAGAAAUCAAAGUUUUACGGCCAAUCAGUCAAGCAAAAAAAAGUUAAUCAUGUUGGGAAAUCCUAGUUUGGAUAAACAACCGCUCAAGCAAAACAAUUAAAAAUGACUAAAUGCAAGUUUAAGUUCUUAAAUUGGGUGUCCUGCUGCUCUUAUGACGUUUGGAUCAUCCAUCAAAUGUCUUUCUGUCACAGAAAACCACUCACAUCUGGGAACAUUGAAUAUAAUUGUCGAGUUUCUGUUAUGAGAGUCCUUGUUUUGGUGCUCUGGAAACCAUCAGCCUUUCUAGGUUUGAGAGAAACCCCCAAUAUCAGCAUGGCUGUUAGCAGGAUAACUAUUGAAUUAAGAAAUGGGAAUUAGGAUUAGGGUGAUCAGGGAUCAGGUGACACUUUGGUCUCUCUCCUCGGCUCUCCCUCUGUCUGCAGCACUCAUAAACAUUACUUCUGUUUACACUAGAUGCUUUUAGGUCCAAGCAAAUAUCAGUAUUUGCCGACAUAUGAACGAAGAGAGUGACUUGACCCCUACAGCUUUAACCUCGUGUUUGUUUGUUUGAUGAAGUAGAAACUAGUCUGUUCUUCGGCAAACAGUUUGAAAGACAUGCGAUGAACCUGAACCAGCAUUUCUCUGGAAUGAAAACUCACGCAUGUCUGCACAGACACUUAGAUUCUCUCUUAAGUGAAUUGGAAUUACAAGGAAACAAAUCACGCAUGCAUCUUUUUGUUGUGGGCUUGUACGGAGAGAGAUAAGGAGAAGACAAGUGAAGUUAAUCUCGGCAUGCUUGCACACACAUGUUGAUUUUAUCAUAACACAGGAGGAUGCAUUUUCAGGCUUGAGUAAAAGGAAGGAAGGGAGUGGGUUCAUGAGGAGAUAUUUGACUUUUACCAGCUGUGUCAGGUCGUCCUGUCACUCCUUCAGCUCUGACAUGUUCCCUCCUUUACUCACUCCAUAUUCACGUCUCUCUCUUUUCCUCGUCUGCUUUCAUCUGCUUUGCCUUCUAGCCCCCCUUUUCUUUUCGGAGUCUCCCCCCUCUCUUUAAAGCACCUUAAUUUGCAUCCAAGUCUUUUUCUGUCCUCGCGGCCUCACAGACACCCUGAGGUAAUGACAUCGUUAUCUACUGAAAGUAGCUGUGGCCUUUGAAACUGCAGUGUGAUUUAGACACACUCACACAUACGCAGUACAGUCAAAACAGAAGAAGGCGUUGCAGCUAUAUUUGGAUGUGUGACAAGACAAAGUGGCGGCGUCUGCUCACUCAGUUGUUGACUUUGUUCAAACUGAGUGUCACAAGUGGAGCUACGGUGGCUAUCGUUGCCUUCAGUGUGCAGCAGGACUUCUCAGUACUCAAGAAAAACCCCUCCUCUUACAUUUUAACACUCUUGUGUAGCAGUUUUUUGGCUCUUUUGCAUCAUUUUUUCAAUUUUCUUUAACUUUACAGUAUAAACGCAUGUCCACUCUUUUGGAGGAGCGAGAUUGAAGUGAGGGAAAAAAGGAAAGCUGAAAGAGAGAGACCUUUGUGUAUCCUUGUCUUACCUGUAAAACCAGUCCUGGCUGAGCAGAACACCAGUUCAGAGUGAAAGAACAGAAAGGGGAGGAAUCAGGAGGAAAGGAUUAGCUAAAUGCCAGGCCGUGGGACAGACAAUUAGUCUCAUUUCAAAUAACUUUAUUGGCUGGAACAAUGCAUGCUGUCGCCAAAGCAGUUUACAUUACAUGCACUGUAACCAACAUAAAGCACAGGUGCAACAUAGGAGGUUCUGCAUAAGGAUACCGUCCAGAAUGAUAUAACCUUGCAGGAAACUAAGCUGCAUUUGAAUCCAUAUUAUUACAGUAAUUGACCUCUACACAAACUCUAUGCUUAGAAUCAAAGACUUUUAUACCUAAAACAAUGUUUUUCUGCAUUCAGAGCACUUGUCCGGUCCCCCUAAUUUGUCAGAUAAAUAAGCUCAUUGCCAACGGUCCUUAUAACCAGACAAAGAGUGUCUUACUGCAACGUUGGUGAUUUUUAUAAUGACACUCUGACAUGUACUCAUAAACACCUUCACACGCCCACACAAGAACAAAGUCAGUUUUGGUUUCACUGAGCAUUGUUUCAAAAGAAGAUCACCGUGCUGUACAUAGUUAAUGGGUGCCAUCAUUAAAGCUGGCUAGAAAUAAAAUCUCUUUGUGUCAGAGAGUUCCUGAACCUUCACACUGAAGUUCUUUUGUAUUUGAUGACACCAGAUGGAAAAGCACUGCGUUGAUAAUCAAAGUGUUACGGUUCAAGAUGACCGUAAAAUCGACAAUGCAAGUCACACUAGAGUUUUUGACGUCCAAACUGUGUCCCUCUGUGAAGACAGCAUUGCGUUCAGCAAUGUGCAGUCUCAAUGCAUAUGUGUAGCUCUAUAUUUCUAUAUAUUAUAUUUUUUUUUUUUGCCUUUAAUAAUGAGGACAGCUGAAGAGGGACAGGAUAAGGGGGGUGUCAAGAGUGAGGGAAGACAUGCUGCAGCGUUUCACUUAGUGAGUUUCUAGGAAAUGAACUGGCGACUGCUGCAGUGAGGACCAUACCCUCCGCUUUGGGCCCCUGUGUAGCUCCUUUUAAGUACCAUCUGAAACGCCACCCUGCCAGCUCCCUGUACAGCAGUAAAGAACGGCCCAUGGUGGCUGUGAAAGUAGAGACAUACAGAUGGUCUCACACUCUGCAACAGAUUCAUCAAGACUUGCCCCGACCCUCAUCUGCUGAUUUAAAAAUUUUGAAGCACUUCACAAGGUUUAUUCACCUAAAGUGUACCACUGUUGUCUGGCAUGGUUAUGACCUAAUGAUGCAAAAAAGCAUUUAAAAGUGAUGCCACUAGACUGGUUGGCCUCACUGUACAUGUAGCUUUCUCUGCAGCAAAGCAGCUGCUUUGGUUGCACGAGUGAUAAGGAAGCAUCUCACUUUGUCGAUGACAGUAAAGGUAUUUAAAGUGCAUUAUACACCCAGCUGUAUGGCUCCUGCAGCAGUUUGUCAGAAAUACAGCAGAGAAAACAAGUUCUGUGCAAUUUGUUUGGUGAAAGAGUCAAAGAUGGUCAAUAUUUUAACCCCUCAAUGUAACAAGCAUAUUGUUUAUUGCAUCAUGCAAAACUCCUGUACAUGCUUGGAUCAUUAUGUGCUGAUCCUUUUUUCGUGGAUAUAUAAUUUAGCUGGAAAUUGAAGAAAACUAACAGAAAUGCUUGUAUAGGAAGGGAGUUGUGUCCAAAUUUUUCCAUCCCAAAAAUCCACAAGUGGUAUAACACUCAGGUUUGAAAUGUUUAAAGGGAUAAAAGUCAUCUUCUGACAAUUGUAGCUUUCUGACGACAAACGUAUUAUAUCCUGCCUUGCUCUCACAUCAGAGUUAAAUGUAUGUGUCUACAUGUGUGUGCAUGCUUCGUGUGUUAUUCUUGCACAUGCCUCUCCAGCUCUGCCUGUACAGAAACCCCUUUUUUUUUCUAUUCUAGAGAAAAGUCAACACGAAUCAGAACCACAGGGUCACAAUGUGUUUUUCCUCCAUGAGUACAACAUGGAGAUGUAACGAGCUGUAACAUCAUACCGCGUUUUUAGAAAUCUAAAAACAUUAGAGCUUCAUAUUACAGAGAGACCUUUGAGAGAAAGGCUGUGGAAAGAUGGAAUGUGGUUACAGAAGUCCAGGGACUAAACCACGACACGGUUUCUAUACUUAAAGUCAUGUUUGCUAACUGGGUACUGUGUUAUUAUCAGUGAUUUAGCUAUUAUAAAAGAAAUCAUGUGUCUGCUUGGCGGGCAGCAGGAAGGCCAAGCGGUCAUGGAGAUUUUCCCCAAACUUAAGGGCUUAGUUUUUAUGUGCUGCCUCAGGGUUAUACAGUUAUUUGUGAAACUCAAGAUCUGAUAAAGCAUGUGUUUACUUACUGUUCUUUAUCUAAAUGUGCCGUCAAUGAAUCUCCCCUUUGAGAAGCAGUAGUUUUAUAGUAAACUUAAAAAGCAGAGAUGGACCUCAGCUCACGGGACACGAGGACUUGACCGUGUUAAUGGGGGAUUUACGCGAGGCCUGGAAGGUAGAGAUAAUCCUGGGAUGUGUGACAACAAAAUUCAGUUUUAUAAUGGAAAAAUGACGUGCUAUAAAUAAGAAAAUCACAGUUCAACUGAUGUUCAAGCGUGUGUACAGAAUCUUAGCCUUCUAGCAAUAACAGAAGACAAGUGCAAGUAAAGAGCUCGAUGUCUUACUGGUGGGCCAUAACCAUUCGAAGUGUCCUAGGUUUGAUUACAGCUGCAUUACAUUAGAGCAUGGGCAGGGGGAUAUCGUAACUCUCAACAACCAGCUAGUGGAAGCAACCAAGCCCCUCUGAUUGUCAACUGAGAAAAGAAAAUCAAGACAGGAUCGAUCAGGGAUCUGUACUUGCUAUUUUAAACUCCAACUAACCAACAGAGGAAAGAGAACACUGAGAACAUGACGCACAAUUUAUCUUACAUGAAUAAAAAUGGGAUCAAAGAGUCAAACGAUGUUUAAUCGGUUGGCCAAGUGAGGCCGCCAUUGGCAUGGCAAGCGCCACCGGUGUUAACCAGGUCCAGCUGUCAGUUUGAUAACCCCAUUACAAGUGGUUAUACAUUCAAUAAACCAACAACUUUGUCUCCAUUAUCUAGAUUGAAAUCCCUACAAACCAGGUCAUACUAUGAGAUAUCUGUGCUUAGGCCUGUCGCGAUAAUCAAUAAAUCGCCUUAUCGCUCGAUAAAUAAAAACGAGGUCGAUAACUUUGCCAGCCGCGAUAAUUGACGUGCGUUUGUUUUCCUCCUCUCUCGCUACCAAACACGCUGGAUGAGAGAAGAGGUCUCACUCUGCGCAUUGUUCUCGGCACCUGGGGGCGUUGGCUCUAUAGCGGAAUGAACGGAGUUAGUGAACCCUCCUGUCAGUCAUUCAGUGUCUUUGUCACGAGGGGGCUGGCGCGCGCACAGGCACACAGACACAGACUUUUGGAUACAGUGCUUCAAGUGAGCGUCGAGAGUGAAAAGCAAGCUAACAGAAUGAACACGACAGCUUUGGUGUCUAAACCGAACGCAACAGCCCAAGUGUUGGAAUAUUUCGGCUUUAAUCCAGUUUUGUUUUCGUCAACUACAAAACUCCACGUGUGUGUGUGCGCGCGCGCGCGCGUGUGUGUCUGUGUGUUGGAGGAGCACAGCAGGCUGAUGAGAGCUGUCAGAGCGGACUGAAGCUGCUCCUAUAUGUUUAGCGUUUAACUGACUGAGUUUUGCAACUCUGUUCGUCAUUUUCGUCUCGUCCCAUCAACGUAAACGCACUUUCGUCUCGUCACAUUUUAGUCAUCUCCGACUUAUGUUUAGCUCGUCAAGGUUACGAUUUCGUCGUGGGAGAAAAGGGAAAUAUUUUACUCAACGAAAACAACCAGUGUUGUUCUCGUGUGGAAAUUAAAGUUUAUCACUUUUGACAUGGUGUACUCCCAUUAUUAUGCCAUAUAAUAUCAUUAUCUAUAAUUUAAAAAAUGGUGUCAAUAAUAUCGUUUAUCGGCGAUAAUUUGUAGCACAAUUAUCGUCCAGCAAAAUUUGUUAUCGUGACAGGCCUAUCUGUGCUUGUCUACAUCUAGAUAGUACUGUGUUGUUGUAGCAUGAUGAUAAGAGCCAUUAAGUGGAGCUUUUUUUCACGAAUGAGCGUUGAAGCACUAAGACAUGAUUUAUCCUUGCAGUACUGAUACACACUAUGAAGGAGAGGAGUGGUUUAAUUAACUUAAUUAUACUUAUAAAGACAGGAAAAUCUUCAAUCAUGUCUCCUCUGUUGAUGACUUGAAGAGCGUACCUGUCACCUCUGUUGAUGCAUCUGUUUGGGCAGCUUUGUAGCGUUUCUAGUAUGUGUCUAUUAAUAAUGUGAUUUCUUCAAAGACUUUGAGAAGGUUGAGGAUUUAAAUUAAUAGAUUCCCCUUAAUGCUGUUGGUUUGAUCACAUCCUGAACUAAUGAUAUCAAAUUCAAGUUUUCAUGACAAAUUGAUUGAGUCUUAUGCUGUAUCUUUGUCAAUAUAGAAGCAAGCUCUGCAGCGUUUUACAGUACAGGAUCCUUUUUCUAAUAUUGCAGAGUGUUAAUGAAUUUAAUUAUAGUGUGAUGAAGAGGUUAAACCGCACCACUGUCAGCGAACUAUAAUUAAAACAGCUCAUAUCCUCAUUUAUCUUUGGUUUGUAUUCUAACCUCAUAAGUUUUUUUUUGUGCUGUACUUGUACGUUACCAACAACUGGAAACUGGAGCUGACAUCAUGGGCUUGCUCCACAAGUGUGAGUGCAUGUGUGUGUGUGGUUUUCCUUGUUGAAACAAAAAGCCCUGUGUAGGUAAAUGUUGGAGCGGUGUGUGUUUUGCUAUUUAUAACCCAAGGGAGGGAGAGACGGCGGUGUUCCCGACUCUGACUGUGUGUGAACUGUAGCAGCCUUUGUUUCCUUGUAUAAGCACGUUUCCUCAGAAUAAUGGCUUUGUUACACUUCAGUGUCAUUACCGUGACUGUAUGUGCAUAGCUCUGUGUGUGUAAGUGUGUGUGUUUGUGAGUGUAUUUGUCUAGGGAUUUGUGUUAUCCCAGCUAUUGUCGGCAUUCAGUCUGUCUCUGCAUUCGUAGCUCCUAAUAUGGAGACUGACACUUCACAGACAAACACGCACACACCAACUCACUGCUAUGUCACUUUAACCAAAACUGGAAUGUUACUCAGGCUUGUUGUGUGUGUUUGUGAGUUCUUCAGCACACAUUCACAUCCUAUACUUUUAGAGACAACACAAGUAACAUAUCAGUCUUGUUUUACCCUUUCACCUCAAUCCUGUGCUGUUUUUGGCACCGGGCCUAACCCCUGUAUGAUUGACAUUUACCUCACACACUGCAGUCUGACAUAUGAGCAGCAGCACUCAGGUGAUGUCACCCCAAAUUAUUUCAGCGCUGGCUCUGUGUAAAUUUCUAAGUUGUGGUUUUAAGAGUAAAGGCAGGUUUGUGCAAUCGGUGUUUGCUCCGGCCUGUUUUGUGUGUGCAGCUGUGUGUGAGUGUGCAGCAGGUGACUGCGUGCACGCAUGUGACGGUUUGUGUGUGUGUGUGUGUGUGUGUGUGUGUGUGUGUGUGUGUGUGUGUGUGUGUUGAGUUGUGUUACCUUUUGAAUAAAUGUAUUUGCAGGUGAGUGCGCUGAUGUACAUUGUGCAGAUGUCUUGAUUUGUUUACAGCUGUGUUUCUGUGGUGGGAUGCUUUUUGUGCAAAUGCAUGUGUGUAUGUGUGUGUGUGUGCGUGUGUGUGUGUGUCACAGUCAGAAACCACCCCCAGCCUUUCCCAAGCUGUUCCCUUCCUGGAUCCUGUUUUUAGCGCUGGAUGAGGCAAUCUUUCCCAUUGACUCAACCAUGCAAUGCAAAUAACCCCAACAGCAUGCAAAAAGCAUGGAAAUUUAUGUGAGUGUGUGUGUUUCUGUUUUAAAACUCAGAUACACACACAGACAGACAGACAGACAGACAGACAGACAGAAAACAGACAAAGAGUGAGAGAAAACAGAAAUGCAUUUCAUUACUAGCCUAAAGAGACAGACAUACAGCUGAAAAACUGCUUUGAAAUUGUUUUAUCUUUACCUGGUAUGUGUACAAAAACAGAAUUAUUAAAUCGAUAUACUGUAAAAUUCCUUUUUUCCUCUCUGUUGUCUAGAAGAAAAGCUGUAUUUUUCGAAGACUUAAUGAUCCUUGGCACCAAACGUACUUAAAGAUAUUCACCACUUUACAGACGUGUUUCCCACCUGCUUGAUGGACUACUACCUGAUAACUGGCAACUGUUAUGUUUAAAGGUGCAGUGUUUAAAAUAUAGCUGCAUUUAGCAGAAAAAAUGUCAAAGUCAAAAUUAAAUGAGUUAUUUUUACAUAUGUUGAAAUGAGUGGACAGUCACCUGGAUGUAAAAAAGGUUUGUUUUUAUAAAUCUAAAAUGGGCCUUUCUAUCCAUACAAAGGAGCAGGUCUCCUUCUGUAGAGGCCACUAUAGUACACCUUCAUGUUUCUACAGAAGCACAAAACAGACAGGUAAUUUUAGCACUAAAGCACUUGAACACUUAAGUGGACCACUUUGAACACCCGAUGCACUUAGACUCCGACUAUUACUAGUUGGUCUGAAGUAUGGACAUACAGCUUCAUUCUUUAUUGUCAUAUGUGGUCUUUCUAAAGUUUUAUAGUCUAUGUCUGGUUUUAUGUACUUUUUGAAUUGUUGUGCAUUUGUACGUGUCCUCAUUUGGACAUGUUGUACCUUUAAUCCAAACAUGUUUCUCACGGUGAUGUAGGGCGCUGUGAAAAUCUAACUGGGUGAACUGAGGUUUUGACACACCUUAUUUUUUUACGAGCCUGCUUGGUAGGAAUAAUAACAAAUACAGCUGUCUUAUUGUGAAUAUCUGUGGUAAACUUUUUGGCGUAGCCCUUUAAAUGUCCAUUUCCAGUACAGCAUAUGCAUCCCAGAGCCUGUGAACAGGAACAUGAAGAAAAUGAUUGGGCACACCAAAGCUGUUUUUGUAUAGUUUGGAUUAUAGUGAUUUAUCUUCAGUGAUACAAGAAACUGUCAAUGGAAAUGCAUGGUAAUUGCAACAACCUGUGGAAGAGGAAAGCGUUCAGAGAAGGUGGUGAUUAUACUGAGUAUCACCGCACAGCGAGUCGCUAUUAGACACAUUAGCCAAGUUUCAUGUGAUGGUUUCAUAAUAAUUUUCCUUGUUAAAUGUUUUAUUUGUCAGAGUGACAAAAGGAGCUGCCAGCCUAGAAAGUCUAAAGCAAAUGUUUGUUCACCUUGACUGACUCUUUAGCUUCGAUUCAGGGUUGUUAUAACAGAGAUUAAAUAAUGGUUUACACAGACCGCUGUCUUGUCUUGUGUAAACUUUACUUUGUAGCUUUAAUUUCCAUUUGAACAGAAGUCUACCAUCACUUAUCUGACUCUGGAUUUUCGUGAAUGGAUCCUCUGGUAGUAUUUUUAAGUGAUUUUUGUCCAGCCUCCAAGACUGUUUGAGAAGAAGUGCGAACGAUCUGAUACAUGAAACUGAUUCUGGUGUCCUUUCUUUUGGGUUUCCCACCAAUCCUGAUCUGUUUUGCUCUGGUUUAAACAGUCUAUACUCAGAGUUUUUUGACUUAUGUCAUACAAAGUAAUUGCAAAAUUGACUGUUUUAAUUGAAGAUGUGAAUUGACGCCUCUCUUCUUUGCCUCUUCCUUCUCUUUUCCCAGAUUCCUCGGUGGCGGUGCCGUUGUUGAACACGGCUUUGUUUCCCAUGGACCUCAGGAUGGGAGAGCGGGGGAUGCGCCCUUGUUCAGACACGGCGCUCCUCACCCCGCUGCACCCACCUUUACUCCUCACUCCAUUCUCCUCUCAGCCCCGAACCUCCUUCUCCCAACAACAGUUACACCAGCACAUCCGGGUAAGAGAAAUGAAGCUUUUUCAAUAUGAUGAUGAAUGUGCAUCAUGUUGCUAUAAAACGAUUGUGUUGUGUUGCUUUUAGUUUAACAUGGAGCAGAGGAGGCGGGAGCAGGAGCACCACGAGAAACAGGAGCUGCAGCAGCUAAAACACAAAGAAAAGAGUCAACAGAGUGAGUACAGUCACAUGCACAAAUAAACAAACACACUAAUCUUUAACUACACUGACCCAUGACCGCAGGCUUUGGUUUUCACUUGAUAGAGUCACUUCUUCCUGAGUUUUGUCAAUCUUCAAACAUGAUUGUCAUUCCUCACUUCCUCUCUCCUGCUUCCUGUCCCCUCAACAAAUCAUUAAAAAAUAAUGUCAAUUUGCGUGGUGAGAGGAAAGUCCCUGUGAAAGAUGUUUUUCCUUGAUAUCAAACAGCAUGACUCCUCCUUCAAAGCUGUUUCCUUUUGCUAUAUAUAACCCAACAAGUGGAGCUACAACAGCAGGGUUAAAUAUAGCCUCAGGACUGUGCACAUAAAGUCACCGGGUCAAUAUUGACUCGAUCACUCCCAGCACCUCUUGUCACCUCUCUGUGCACACAUUUGCACACACAUGCAGACAAACACAGACGCUUACAGCUAUGGCAGUGGAGACACUCCCAGACAAACCCGUGACCUUAACCUGUCACGCACAUACUAAUGAUAUACUGCAUGUGUGUUUCCUGAAGCUCUUGACUGAUUCUGUCUGAUAUUUCUUUCACCAAAACUUAAGUCACUGAUUAUACCUGUGGUGCUCACUCUUACCUGGACCCUCCUUUAAUAAUGAAGCAGUUUGUGAGUCUGUCCAUCCUUUAAUCGGUUGCUUUUGGUUAUUAAUUGACAGGCGCAGUAGCCAGUUCUCUGGUAAAACAGAAACUCCAGGAGGUGAUUCUCAAGAAGCAGAAACAAGCAGCACUGGAAAGAACGAACUCCAACUCUCUGGCUACGGCUCCUGUAGCAUACAGGUGACACGAAAUACACCAACUUUUAACCUGUGUUUAGUGCAAUAUCUAAACUUUAACAUUUAACCAUGAUGUGAGACAAUUCAUCAGUAACAAUUUCUCAUUUUUGUGUCUUGUGUUGUGCAGAAAUCUGGGCCCAGACCCGAGUUUAUCCUCCCAGCCUCUUGUCACAUCUCCAUCACAGCCGUCAUCUUCUGAAGGCUCAGAGGGGACGCCGCUACGCAGGGCAGGUAAAACAUCUGCUUAAUGUUUUAACUUCUUACUGAUGGAAAAAAGAGGGGAAAACAGAGACAAAUUUAAAGGUACAGUGUGUGGAAAUGGAAAUAUUGUCAGGGAUAUCUGGCUGCUAGAUUUCAGACUGGAACGCUUCCUUGCUUACCCCUCCAACUGUAAUGCCUGAUCAAUAUGAUCACCCAUUUAUUGAAUUUUUGAUCUUCAAAACCUAAUAAUAAACUUUUUGUGUAUAUCAGUCACUCUCUUCUUUGUUUGAUGAACGGUUUUAAAAGUUCCUUAAAUUCCUACUCCCAAAGAAAUGAAAAAAUCAAUUGUUCAAAAGAAUCUCCAAAGAUCCGGUGUUGGUGGCUGUCAAAGGCCUAAAUUAAUGUGUUUAGUCAAUUAGUUGAGACUUAUACUUUUGGCAGUAUCAGUAUAUGCUAGUGUAAUUAAAAUGUAGCGGCCAUUUGCAAACACAUUACUUAGAUUUCUCAUGUUGAUCCUUAUUUUUUAGCGUCUGAGCCCAAUCUGAAGGUGAAACACAAGCUGAAGAAACACCUGAACACCAGAAAGAGCCCCCUGACCCGCAAAGAGAGCGCCCCGCCUACUGUCAAACACAGAGUACCUGACACACUGGGUAACUGCACACUUCUGCACAAUUAAAAUAAACAAGACAGGCAAUGCAGUGCUUGUGUUUAAAUUUGGGUUUUCUUUUUUGUUGUUUGAUAAGAUUUAAACCACAUUUUCUAAAGUAACAUAUGUCCCUUCUCUUAUCAGACUCGUCCCCCAGCAGCAGCAGCACUCCGGUCUCCGGCUGUAGUUCACCCAAUGACAGUCUGCCCAACGAGAAUGGGAUGCUGCCCUCUGCAGGCGGUCUUUCGCAUGAGGUAAGGAAAACACGCUCAGACACAAACACAUGAGUUUAUUACACUUUUUAGUUCUUUUGGAUUGUGCAUAAAGUAAAGCUUCCAUUAACAAACUACACAAAUAAGUGCAUAAACAAGAAGCUGAAGCUACUUCUUAUUAUAGAAAAACAGAGGGAAGUUGCAUUUGUAAAGAAAUAGAAGGGGAAAUAUUAAAAAUACUGAAGAUAAAAGUACAUGUGUUGUCAUUUAGUAUUUAAAAUGAGCCCUUUUGCUUCACAGUGUUAAAAAAAAUCAAAAUAAAAAGUGUUGUUUCAUGUUCAUGAGCCGUGGGGAGACGCUGAGUAAUGACAUGUUUUAAGCAAUGACACAGGAGCAGUGUUGCUCAGCUGUCUAUGCAUAAUUCAUUUAAUCACAUAAAGCUGACCUCUGUCACACCUGCUGCAGGUGUCUGACUCAUGAUUCCCUCACUGACAACACUGAUCAGAGCCAAACACAAGCUCAGGUUUAAUUAAACUACAAAGGCUUCGGUCACUCUGGAUUUACAUCUGGCAAACUCUGACAUUUGGUCCCUCUUCUCGUCUCUUACUGGCAACAGACGAUUAUAGGCGUGUAUAUCAAAGUGUUGUGAACAAAUUUCACUUCAGAUUUGGAAAAAGUCUAGUAUUUUGGUUAAAUAAAUUUUAUUUCUUGCAUUUUCAGGCCCAGAAGCUGUUGCUCCGAGACGGCACUCUGGCAAACUUCACCAUCCAGAGUCCCUCAACUUUGCCCACCAUCACACUGGGACUACCAGCCAACGCCAGGGUAAACACUCUACUGAAACACAUUUCUGUCAAAGCAGCCCUUUUUUCCACUUCAUAUUUUAUCCAAAAAUUACAGCAUGUUCAAAACAUUUCCAAAAAGUUGGGUACUUUUUUAUAUUUCCUAAAAGCCUCUUCUCUCCAAGAAAAAUCAAAAAACAGACUUAAAACAAUCCAGUGGCCUGAAAUAAAUCUGUACUGUCAUUUAGUUUAGACUGAAACUGACAUGAAAAUCAGUAUAAAAAAAGGGUGUAAAAGAUUAGAAUAGUUUACACUGCAUUAAUAAUUCUAAUGACUUGAAAAUCUUAUUUAUUUAUUUAAAUAGCACUCUCAAAAAACAACCACCACUGAACCAAAGAGCUGCACAAGCAUAAGUAGACACUAUCAAAGAUAAAUAAGGGUUAAGAUACACUAAAAACAAAAUAGGUAAUACAAUAACACAAUAAAUUAAAGCAAAUUAAAAAUCUCAGGCAUUGUCACACUCAACUAGCAAAGAGAUUUGAUUUAAGUGACGAUUUAAAAGUUUCAACUGCAAGGAUUUGGUAGGUAGAAAAGAGGAGAGAACAAAUACCAACAGAGACACAACAGAGAGCAAAUAUAAAUGAUCAGCAAACAAAACUGAAAGAUAACCCUUCUUGGAUGACUCAUUACAGAGCUCAGGGAUGACAUACAGCAACAAAAUGUUGUGUGGGCUUAAAAUCAAAGAGCAGAGAGAGACUAAAAGAAGAGGGUUUAUUUUUUACACUGGAUGAAUAAAACUUAUUGAUUACUGUCAACAAUCUGUAUUUGUUUAUCUUUAGCUGAGAUUGAAAAACAGCUUCAUCUUUUUUCUUAUCUAAAAAGCUGUUUUUCUGCAUGUGUGUGUGUGCAGGCUGAAGGUGAGCUCUCCUCUCUGAAGGUGGGUCGGGUGCCCAUGGUUGCAGCUGCAGGUUCGCCGGUCUUCCUCCCUCUGAGCAGGAAGGAUCAGCCGGGGCAGCUGAACCCUCACCUGCCUGUGAUCAUCCUGGAGCCCUCUGGACUGGUGCACUCUCCCCUGCUCACAGGUGAGACACACUGACUGACAUUAAUGUGCAUUUACACACUCAGUUUGCACACACAUAGGUUCAAAGGCUCCAGAAUUAAGGAUACUGAAGUUCAGAUACUGAACUCAGACUUUAUGCAGAUGAAAAACUACACAAGGCUGCAAGUAUUUGCAUCUUAAAAGCUGCAAAAUGGACACAAAUGAACUCAAACAGCAACUUAAUCAAAUUUUUAAAAAUUCAGAAUAUUAGAGCACCAUCUAGUGGUUAUUUUUAUAGCACAUUUUUAAAUUUCCCUGACAGAUAAGCAAGUUAAUUUUUUCUGCUUCAAUACAUUUCCAAUAAUUGGUCACUUACUCUCUUUCUGCUCUGCUCUUGUCCCUGACCAGUUCCAAGCCUAGACUCCGUCCCACUCCAGUUUGCCCCUCAGAUAGACCACAUGACCCCCGGAGGCCCUCAGCACCACAAGCCCCUGAGCCGAACACGCUCAGAGCCCCUCCCACAGAGCCCAGGGGCCCUUCACACACACCUCCUCCAACAGCAACACAGCACACAACUAUUGGAGAGGCUCAAGCAGCAAACUCACUUGGGCAAGGUAAAGACGGCAGUCCCUAAAUCACUCAGUCUUCAUUCUCACAGGGAUAAAUGUGUUUUUAAGGCAUCCAAAGAGAUCUAUAUCUACAAAAUAAAGAAUGGAGAAAAUGAGUAAAACAAAAAGAGACUAGGGAGGAUAUGAUUUUGUUUUCUUGCACCUUUAUUUUGUUGUGCUCACAACUUAAAUGUUUAUAUAUUCAUUUGUCAUUUAAAAAAAAUCUUGUUCUGAACAUGUGUGCAUGUACAGCUGAUGUCCAAGUCCAGCGAGAAGCCCAGACUGCAUCAGAUCCCCUCAGAGGACAUGGACUCAGAAGACGGUGGCGGGUCGUCGCCCACAGAGCCAACCUAUCAGAGCAGAGCAAGGGCAGAGUCACUGAGGGAGGCGGGGCCAACAGCAUCCAAGAGCCAUGAGGAGCAAAUAAAUCUGCAACAUGCACUCAUACUUAACCAGGUAGGAAAACACAACAGCCUAACAAGAACCCAAAAUACUGUGUAAAGUGCCCAAACGCCUGUUCCUCCAAUAUUCCUGCAGAUGGCAGCAUAACUCUUACUUGCUUUUUUCAUGCAUUGCAAAGCCUUGUGGUUUAAAAGCUACUUAUUACAUCCCAAGUGGUUAUUCCAACAUAUGAUGACAGGGUGCGUGAACUGUAAGAUGAGCUAUUACUCCUUUAGAAAUUGUGUUUAUCACCUAUCAGAUGAACCACAUAGUCACAGGGGGCGGUACUGGAAGGAACAAGAAGUACCAACAACUAUAGUGAUACAGAUCCAUUUUUAGGGAGCAGAAAACAGGAUUUUUUAAAGAAGACAAAGCAAAAACAAUACUUGCAGAUCUUGUACAUUGAAAGCCUCUUACUUUAAGUGAACAUAGUGCUCCUGAAGAAACAGAAGUUUGACUCAUGGCACUUCGUUUCAGUCCUGGUUUUAGCUGCAUACCAUGUGUGCAGGGAUGUAAGUGAAUGUGAUUAGUGCAGAUAUGCUGCGUGGUUCAAAACAAGAGUCUAUGCCUUCUUCAUUUUUGCAUCACACUUUUCCAUGUCUUCUCUCAUGACUUUCUGCCUCACCACCUGCACUCUUUCUCCAGUCUUUGCUAUGGGAGCAGCAGAAGCAGCUGCAGCAUCUGCAUCGACAAAUGGAGACCCUGGCAGUACCCAUGCUUCGUGUCGGUGGAGUCGGCGGUGGGUUGGGUGUCCAUCGUCCCCUGUCACGCACGCAAUCCUCCCCAGCCUCCACCUCUCUCACCCUGCCUGAGAAACCUCUGAGCCUGACCACGCAGGACACUGGCAGCAAACCACGCUUCACCACUGGUGGGUUAGACUUAAACAUUUCUUUCAUAAUGGAAUUUAGAAUGUACAUUAUUUGUAGUUAAGACUCUGUACUGAAGCUAACAAAGUCAGUUAAAGCAGAAAAAGACUUAUGUGUAAGUACCCUGAUAGAGAAAGAGGAGGAUUUCUGUCCACAGAGCUGUGCCAGCACUGCCUGCUUGUACUAAGAUGCAUUGCAUUGGAGCACCUGCAGCUGUUGAUCUGUAGCAUCUCUAAAUUAAAAAUCCUCCCAAAAAGCAACAUCAUUUUUAGACAAAAAACAUGACUUUUCUGUUCAAAUGCUUAUCGGUAACAAAAAUAAAUAAAUAAAUAAUAAUGAAAUUGCUAUAUGUGUAUGCAGGCUUGGUGUAUGACUCUCAGAUGCUGAAGCACCAGUGUACAUGUGGAGACAACAGCAGCCACCCAGAGCACGCUGGGAGGAUACAGAGCAUUUGGUCUCGGCUACAGGAGAGAGGCCUGAGAGGACAGUGUGAGGUGGGAUGAACAUAUUUCACACAUUAACCUUCAAAAAUCUGAUUUUAUGAGUGGCCUGAAACAUAUAAAAGUUCUGUUUGCAGACUCAUGUGAGUCAGCUGGAUCAGACUCUCCCUUUUUAUUUCUCUGGUUUUAACUACAUAUUGCUCCCUUUCUAUAUGCAUCUUAAUUCAUUAUUUAAUGUGAAUACAGUAUGGACGUCUCUUUCUAUUGCCUGAAUGUCUUUUAUGUGAGAAGCUUAAUGAAAUAUGUCCUGCUGGCACAGAGUAUUCGUGGUCGUAAAGCCACUCUGGAGGAGCUGCAGUCUGUCCACACAGAGCGCCAUGUCUUACUCUACGGCACCAACCCACUCAACAGACUCAAACUGGAUAACCGCAAACUGGCAGGUAAGCUUCACCUCAGAUUUCAAGGCAACCUGUCAGAAACAGGCAGGAUCAAGCAAGUUUUUAGAUUAUGCAACAAAGCCAUUUGUUGUGUUUUUACAUUUGUGUUUGAUACAAAUAUGAUUUCAUCAAACAUAAAACCAACUGUUUCUGAAAUAAACUCCCUUCUCAAACUUUCAUGCCAUGCAAAAAUGUAACCUUAAAAUGAUGUUAAGUGAUGUAAUUGUGAAUAUAACAUGCUUUUUGCAGCAUUAAACUCAACGGGUGCUCUUGAUGAACAAUUCUCCUCAGUGACAGCAUCAAAUCCAAAUUUAAUGUUUUGAUGCAGAAGAGUUAAGAUGUGCGCCAAAUUUUGUCUUUGAGUUUCACUGAAAGAAAUAAAGAACAUGUGCUGGUGCUACGUUGUCCCUACAAAUGGUUUUCUGAUGACAUGAAGAGUCUAUAGUGAAGGAUGCAAUGUCAGCGUUGGCUGACGUGGCAUGUAAUUAUUAUAAUUAAGGGCAGACAAACAGAACUUUUAUUGAAUGACACAGUUUUUCUUGUUUGUUUCCUCAGGAAUCCUCUCUCAAAGGAUGUUUGUGAUGUUGCCAUGUGGGGGUGUAGGGGUAAGAGAAGCACACAUUAACACACACAAAGCUCUAUUUUUGAACCUACUGUUAUCCUCUGUAAGCCCGCAAGGAAAGCUAUACACUACAACACAAUGGUCGGUUAGAAUAUGAUCUUAUUUCAAAGAAAAGCUACAAACUCUUAAAAGAGAAAAUGAGAGAAAAGACAGGAUAUUAAAAAAGAAAAGAGAGUUGGCAAACGUUUGCCUGACAGUCCGUGUCGGACCAUGACAAGUCAGACUAAUAAGAACAACAUGUCCAUGACUGAGGAUGAAAGAAAUGCCAAUGAUUUCAUUGUCCAAGCCAGAUGGACAGUAAUGCCACUUUGUGAACAAACAAAGGGAAGAAAAAACACAGAAUGGAAAGAAAAAUAAUCAGAAAUAUGGAUCUGGCCUCAAAAUGUGAGGCUGUUUUCACUCUUGAAUCAAAUCUGGACAUAUUGUGUGUAAUGCUGCAGGGAGAAUUCCUGUUUUGAUCUCAUUGUCCCAGGGACACUUCAAACGUAGUCAGGCUGCAGACAACAGAAACUGUGUUUUUUUUUUCUUUUCUCUUUUUUUUUCACAUUAAUUCAUUUGUUUGUUUGUCCAUCGGCAGGUUGAUAAUGACACCACCUGGAAUGAGUCGCACACUUCUACAGCAUCUCGAAUGGCAGCAGGCAGCGUUGUUGAGCUGGCUUUUAGAGUGGCCAAAAGAGAGCUAAAGGUGAGAAACCAAUGAAAAGGCUUCAACCUGUGUUUAGGGGAUGUCAAAUGGAGGCCUCAAGCUUAUUUGUUUUGUAGACUUGUCAAUAACUUUUACAAAAGUCACUCCGGGCUGUUUGGCAGAAGGGGGGUGUUUUCAAAAGGUAGUUUUCACCCUCUUGCUGGGAACCAGAACAUCACAGUGUUGUUAAAAAUUAAUGAAAUUUUGUCUUUUAUUCCACACAGAACGGCUUUGCUGUGGUCAGACCACCAGGACAUCAUGCAGACCCAGCCAAUCCAAUGUAAGUGUGUGUGUGUGUGCGUCUGUUGUUCUCAUGCACAGCUUGACCGUAGCAAGUUUCCUACUGUGGCUGUGCUGUCAGCAGCUUUUAUUGUGGAAGUUUUUAAUCAAGUCAUUCUUGUGCAGGACAGUUUCUUCCCCUUUUGUUGGUGCUUGGAUGACUCAUGUUUUUGUCCUUUAUUCUGAUCACAAUCAUGUGCUGCAUUUCUGACAUAAACAGUAAUGCAUGCUCUAAUCAGGCACAGCAGGAUGCAUCAUGAAUACUGACUUGAAUUUUGACAGUCCUGCCUCAGGUCACUCAUGCAUGCUUGCAAAUUUCUGUUCAGCUUAAAGACUUAAAAAAUAUGUUUAUUUACCAUUUUCUCAGUUUAAGCCUUUACUGUCUUCAGACUCGUCUUUAAAUAUUUGUUAUAUUCUGUUUGUCUGUGUCUAACAGGGGUUUCUGUUACUUCAACUCUGUGGCCAUCGCUGCCAAACAGCUUCAGCACAAGCUCAGCGUCAGCAAAAUCCUCAUCGUUGACUGGGUAAGAUGGUUAAGCUUUAUGCUGAUAAGCCAAAUCUACCAAACAGCAGCUCCUCACAGCAGAUUAGAAUUACUUCAACACAAUCAUCAGUCCAUGAGUAUUUCCAAUGUCACUUUUUCCUUUUAUCGUCAAUUUUAAAGUGUUUCUCCUCUCUUCUUUCCAGGAUGUUCACCAUGGUAACGGCACCCAGGAAGUAUUCUACAGUGAUCCCAGCGUUCUCUACAUCUCACUUCAUCGCUAUGACGACGGUAACUUCUUCCCUGGCAGUGGCUCACCAGCUGAGGUUUGUGACACUCAGUGCUCAUUUUGACUCACAGUUUAAACAUGAAGUUGAUGACAUAAAAAAAAUAACCUUUAUUGAAACAUGCAUGAAUAUUUUUGUCAUGUAGGUCGGUUCUGGUGCAGGGGAGGGCUUCAAUAUCAAUGUGGCAUGGACAGGGGGUCUGGACCCACCCAUGGGAGAUGCUGAGUACAUUGCUGCAUUCAGGUAAGACUUCUGCUUAAACAACACAGCAUGUUUCAAAGUUAAAAACUGUGUUAAAGAUAUGAUUUGAGGAGGGAUGAUUGACUGAGUAUUUAAAUUAAAACAGGGCUGGAGAACAGCUUUUUUACUGCCUCUUAUGGAGUCCAAGUCAGUGGGGAAAAAAAUUUAAACUUUUUAUGUUGCACAAAAAAAUCCCCAAUUAUUGCUCUUUUUCUUUGACAUAUGAUCUCUGCAAUGUUAAAUUUCCAUGAAUUUCACACUCAUGAGAAUAUCUAAAGGCAGUUUGGGUCUUUAGUUACAUGGACAUAUUUUCAAUUUUAAUGCUUGUCAAGCUCCCUGUUUAAAAUGGAAAAAAGGAGUCCAAGGUUAAAUUUUUUGAACCCGGUGCAGGAUUUCGAUUACAGCAUGGUUAUUAAGAUGUGAUUCAAAAAGUUGUCUUUUUGAUUCCUGAAAAGAAAUCAUUCUUUUUAUUUACCCAUUCACAUAGGGUGGAAAACUUAAAUAUAUAAGUGGAUUAUUGAUAUAUUCACUUGGAUCUGCUGUACGAAAUUAUUUUCUUGUUGGGGAUUUCACAGUAGAUUAAUUACCACCUUAUCAUAAUGCUUUGUGGUACUUGACAUAGCUUUAGAUUGCUUUAAAGUCGAGUAAGGGGAUUUACCAGCUUUUAAUUUCCGCAGUUAGCCUGUUUGAAGACAGUCGAACAUGAAAAUUUACACUCGACAAACAGUCCAAUAAGAGAAAAGCUUUUCAGUUAGAUCUCCAUCAUGAAUCUCUGUGGUAUAACCAAACAAAGGUGUAACUUAAGUACCAAACUAAUUCAAUCCAUGGUUUAGUGUGGACUUAACUCCUAAUUCAAGACAGAACUUGUGCUGAGUUGGUGCAGCAGGGCACUGUCGCAUUAUGAGCGAUGAGCUGCAACACUGAGGCACCAUUUCUAGGCCGUGAAUUAAACCUCUUCUACUAAAAGUUUAGUCUCAUUAAAAGUGUCCGGAAAAAAAAAUAGAUAUACUUUUUAUGCAACUGGGGGUCUGGGGUUAAAAUUUUGUUGAGCAAAUAAACUCUGCAUCAAAGUAAAUUUUCUCUUUUACGACGUGCUCUAAAGUUUUGACAGUGCAUGUUGAGAUCUGAAAAUUCAUCAUUCAUUCAUGCUCAUAUGUUUUCAUGAUCUGGUAGAUUAGUCAAAAGACCCCAAAAAAAUGACACAAUUUUAGUUUCAGUUCCUGCUGAUCAGGAUGAAGAUUUUUAUUGAAGCUGUAAUCAGUCCAUUUAUUUCAUUUCCUUCACACUGAGCCACAACAAAGAUGCUUCAAAUCCAGCCUCUGAUCAGCUUUACAUCACCUCUGACGUCCUUCCGGCCUAAUUAUUAAUCCUCGUCAUUUGGAGAGCAUGUGUGUGGUGUGCCCUGUUUCCAAUAACUUCAGCGGCUUUACAGUAAAUAGUCUACAGGUCUUGUGUUUGACAGAUUGGGGACUGUCACUUCCUGCCUGUGGGUUGGAUAAUUGUCAUCGGUGGGUGUGUGGCACCAGUUAAGUCUCAGUUGUGUGGGCUCUUUGGUUGUCUGGGGCAUCAAACCCGAGGAAACUGUAGCAACCGCACAGUUACAGGAAAAGGGGCACAGUGGCAAAAUCUCAGGAAUCAGAGGGAGGUGGGGGCAUGUUGGCUUACGGACACACGUUUCUAUGUUUAUAUACAGUACGAGCACAAACACAAGAGUUCAAGACCACGUAUACCAAUCACGUGGGUGGCCCAUAAUCCUUAAACUACUGAAAUAAGACUCAAUCAGGGAUUUUCCUUGUUUUGUUUAGCUCUUGUUACAACUAGCCCCCCAAGCUGUAUCCAGGAUCAAUGUGGGAUUUGAGGAGUUUUUGAUUUCAAAUGGAUGUUGCUGUGUGGCAAGAGGAGGCUUCCCCUUUUUUCUGAGGUGUUCUUGAGCAAAGCAGUGAUUCCUGUGCAGCUCCAGCACCACCGCUUUGUACCGUGACCCCAACCUCUGACCUUCACGUGGAGCAGAGACAGAUUUUCCAAGCAAGUAGGGGGGGAUUUUCACCGAGUGUUUGUGAGGUUGAACAGUCCUUGUGAAAUGACAUGCGAGAGACAUGUCAGAUUAAGCCAACUUCUGAAAUGCACAACCCCGAUUCUCAAAGAGCUGUGACCCCAUUUAAAAUGCACGGCUCUGCAUUUAAUUGAAAAUAGUUUUAUGACAACAUAUCAGAUGCCAAAACAUAUACCAGAGAAGUUGAGACAGGGACAUGCUUACUGUUGUGUCAUCGAAUGUUGUGUUUCCUCGUACCACAGGACAAUUUUCCACUUCCCUCAAAUAGGCUCUGUCCCAACUUUUUACUGACUGAUUUGCAACCCCUCAAAAUGUCCUUCUCUAUCCACAUUUUACACAACACCCCACCUUUUUGGGGAAUGGGAUUAGUCAAACAAGCUGAACAUUUGGAGUUGUAUUGGAUAGCACCUCUGUGAGAGUUCAAAAAGCAUUUAACAAUCUAAAAUAUCUAAUGUUCUCCUAGCUAUAGGGAAAAUACUCUCAAAUAGUGGAUUUAAUGUACAGCGAUUGCUCCAGAUAAAUAAGAUUUACACCGAGAUUCUGGAUCUUGAUUUGAACAUUUUUCAAUACUGAUGUAAUCUCUUGAAAAGCUUUUAAAUCAGCUUUAGAUUAAGUAACUUUUGAAGUUUGCUGAUCCAUCUGUUUGUUAUUUGGGUUAAAAAACGAUCCCCCUUGUUUUUCACUUCACAUCAAAACUGAAAAGAAAAAGAUUUGCUGCAGUGUUUGAGCUAAUGGUGGCUUCAGGGUUUAGUUUUCAUGCUGGGAGACCUCCCUAAAGCUUGGGACUUUAGGGAGUUUGUGUUCUCCAAGUAGAGCAUUGAAAGACUGGGGUUCAUUCCCCCCACAGCUUGAUAUCAUGAUACAUACUUUUGUUUUUUCAUACUAAUAACAGAAAAUGUUCUGAAAAUUAUUCACUAACAAAAUUGAGUUACCAGUCUUCAAAGUCAUCAGAUCUAGGGGAAAGUUGAGAGGACUGUGCCUCCUUUAGUUUAGUGGAUAAAAUACAACUGAUCAAACGUUUUGACUCUGUAUUACAAUCAUUCAGCUUAGUUUUAAGAUCUGGACCUAAUCGAGGUUCAGAGUAGAACUCCUUUUGUUUUAAUCUGCCUGCAGCCCCCGAUGGUGACAGCCCGCCACAUCAAAAGUUUGUCAGAUUGAGCGACUAAUUUUAAGUCAAUGUGAUUUUCUCUAACUCAAACUGUAUGCUAGAGAGCCACAUAUUUCCACCAGUGCAGUAAGCUGACAUACAGAUCAUGUUUUCCCAGACAAAACCAAAUUUAAUGCACUCGUUGGUUACUUUUCAACUUUUAAGCAAGUUUACGGAUGAUUAAAUUGAUGAUGUGAUUGCACGGUGUCUGGCAGACAGGGCGAAUCCAUGCACAUGUAAUGUCAGCAUUGACUGGCCACAGAAGCAGUGUCAGAGUCAGUUGUCAGAGUUUUUAGGGAGACUCUUCUGCAGAAAUCAAGUCAACAGAAGAUAAAUGCAUGAACAAGAUUUUCCAGGUCCUGCAGAGACAUGAUCCCUUUUAAUCUGGAUAAAUUCUUCAUGAAGUGUUAGCCAGUCUUUGUAAUUAUCUUUAAGUGGUUUUUGAAAUUCAGGUCUGAGUCCUUGACUACACCCAGAUUUCUGGAUUAGUCACUGGUUUGCAGCCAUAAUGACUGGAGCUGCUCAUUGACUUUCAAUUGCUCAUCCUUGGCUCCUAAACCUCAGUUUUCUCUUUGUCCUCCCUCAAACUGUCUAUCCAAUUUGUAACUUUUUUUCAACAGCAGCUGUUGUUAGCCUUUGCUUUGUGGGUUUUACACCAUUUUUUAGACAGCCUGAAUUUUUGGAGGAACUCAAAAAGCUGGUAAAAAAUAUUGCUAAGAAAAAAAAGGGUAAUUUGUGAAAUACAAUCAAACAUUUCUAUGGCGACUCCAGUCUGCUGAGCUGUGAUACUCUGCUGAAAUGUGCAGCAGACAUAGUCAAGAGAAUUGUGCAUAGGUAAGUGGAGGCAGCCUCUGCUGCACAGGUCUCUCAUGAUUUCUGAUCAGUGCAUAUUGAAAAACAUCAACACCAGCAUGUCUUAUUGGACUAUAUUAGCCCAAUAUUAUCUAUCAGUUAGCCUCAGUGAAGAAAUAGCCAAUGAGAAAUAAAUAAAAACACGUACUUUGAAUUUAUCAGAUAGCCUAUCAUAUUAUAAGCUGUUUUAAAAAGGACAGUGCUCAUUUGAGUCCGUAAUUAUUGGAGAUAGGCUGAUAAAAAGGCUCAUUAAAAGUGUCAAUGAAGUUUUCUCAUUUGUUAGUUUUACCAUCAGCUGACCUGCUCUCUCAUCAGCAUUGGCCGCUGUUAGACUGAUAUUGGCCAACCACCACUGCUUAUUCAGUGAUCAGCUUUUUGUCGACAUGAUUUAUUUUCUGUCCCUCAUAACUUUUUUAUAGGAACAUUUUUCUAUUCAUGUCGUUAAAAUCUGCCCACACUCACACACCGAGCCCCCCUGUAAUUAAUAAACCUGCUAAAGUCAAAUGGUGCAUGUAAGAAAAAGAGUCUGUACGGGUUUUUUUAAUGGAAUAAACUUAACGGGUUGAAGUUUGUGAGCGCUACAACUUCAGAGAGGGAGCUUUGGUGCAUUUUCACCUUAUCCUUCAGUCGCACCCCCCACCCGUCUUUUUCCAUCACCCCUACCCUCAUCACCACACACACACACACUCACACUUCCCUUCUCCUCCUCCUCCACUGAUUGAUCUUUAAUAGGCUCCCCCUCCUCCCCUCCUCUCCUCCAUCUUUCCAUUAGUUUGUCUGUAGUUUCUCUCUCAGGGGGGAGCGGGUCGCUUUAAUGGGUCUACAGGGGAGGUGGGUCUUGGUUUUGCGGUUAGACGUGUGCACACUCUGAUGUAUAUCCACGUGAGGAUGAUAAAGCUGAUCGAAAUCAAACUAUUAAUCAUAACUUGACAGGGUGACACAGGGAGAUUAUUUCUUAUGAAGAGUGUGUGUUUGUGUGUGUGUUUGUGUGCGUGUGUGCUUAGGCGAGAAUGUGUGUUUUAUCUCUGUGUGUCCUCAUCUUUGUCUAUGAGCUCAUGUUGUCCAUCUGCAUGCAGUCAUGACAGCAGUAUGUGCUUGGAUGUGUGUGUGUGUGUUUCUGAAUAUGUGUGUGCAUGAACCGGGGUGAGGGAGGGAGGGGGGUCUCCACAGUCCCCAGGCAGAAUAAUGAAGGUAAAUGGAUCCCAGAUGGACUGUUUUUCCUCUUUUCUCUGUGUUGUCAAUGACGUGAGGAGAGUGACAAGCCUCUAAUGCGAAACAGACUGGCUCACGCCGACUUUGAACUCGGCCGACAUCAUCAUCAUCGGGAUGCAAAGCUGAGCCUCUGUCUCCGUCUUUCUCUCUCCGCCUUGGGACAGCGCAUCUCUCUCUUCCUCACAACAACAGCAUUAAAAAAAAUCUUCCUUUGUUUGAAGUCCACAAACAACUCAGAGCAGACGCAAGAGCUGACACAACAAUGCGACUUUGUCUUACUGGAGGCUCUGCAGCUUUUUUUUUUUUAAACAAAGUAACAAUAGUCGUUUGUCAGCGCAGUCUGAGCUGCUAAGUGUGGGAUCGACUAAACCAGGCUUCACUCAUCAUUUUUAUAACUUUCAGAGACUUGAUUGAUGCGUGUCUCCUCCCAGAGACUGCCUAGUUUGAUUUGAAUUGACCAUGGGCUGUUUGGAAAUGUCUUCAUACAAAAACCAAAUAUUAUAAUCAUUUUUUUAGAUAUAUAAUUGAGCUUACAGGACUGAGGAUAGACCAGGAAACAGAGUCGAAAGUAGGGAGUGAAAUGUAUUAAAGCUGCAGUCCACGGCGAAACUGAAGGGCCAACUUCUGCCACGUCACUUCUUGUUUGACGCAGCUUUCUGCGUACUUUAUAGUGGCCCCAAACUAAUGAUUUUGACAUGAUGAGGAUGAAGAGUUGAUAAAUAGCAGCGCUUUAAAGUUUGUCAGGGAUGCCAAGAAUUCCAGAAUGCUUUGCGCCCCAGAUCUAUUCACUGUCAGGACCGUGUGCACUAAGACUGCGAGACCACAAAAACUGUGACUUCAUACCAGCUGACUAUAUCUGUUCAAUCCUCUGCAUAUCACAGUUUCUUAAUACAUUACCCAUGAUGCUCUAUGUGGUUCUCCUGUCCUAUUGUGGGCCUUGCAGGAUAAUCAUUCAACUGCUUUGGUUGCAGAAUAACGUCAGCCACUGUCCUCUCUUAUCCAUCUCUGUCUCUACUGUGUGCACGCGAGUCUUUCAGCGAAGGCAGAUGAGUUCUUUGCACCACAAACCAAAGCUAUACAGUUAUAUCUGGAAAACUGGAUUUGAACAUAGUGGUGCAGAGAUGCAGAGGUUUUUCAUCUGGCAGAAGCGGAUUUUUUAUCAAAUGCAUUUUCUGAAAAUCAGCACUAUCUUUUGGUGGCUGUUAUAACCUGGAUGUGAUAUAAAAGAUUUACUGACACUAGCUGCAUAACACAGAUGCAAAAAAGUGAAUAAUGAGAGUACCAGCACAUAAAUUUUCCCACUUAAAGCAAUGUGAAAACUGUCCCGUAGACCAUGGGGUUACAUCCUUGUAUUAUGUUGAUUUUAUGAGAUACUUCUGUAUUAUCAGAGAAGAGAGGGGAUCUAAUAAGCAUUAUUUGACCUUUUGUUGCUUUUACCCAACAUCGCAUUUUACGUACAUUUUUUGACUAGUCAGUAUCAAGCUUGCAAAAUAGCUGAUCAGUCCUCAGAAGUCUUGUUUAGUUUGUGUUUGGUCAUACAGGGAAAAAAAAAAAACUCUGGGCUGACCGGUAGAGUUUCUAACCUUUGUCUUAUAAUCACUUUUUGUGGGAGUAUGUUGGACGAAGUUUUCAGGAAGAGAUAUUCUCUGUGCUCUUAACUCGCUUCUCAGUACAGAGCCAGGCUGUGAUUUGACUCUGAACAUGUGUAUUUCCUUCGUUCCUUUUGUAAUUGUCUCUCCAGUUUAAUGCAAACACACUUUUAAUGCCAACAGUGAUUUCAUGUUCCUUCUUAAACACCUGUCGAGUCGUUAAAUAUAAGCAGCAGCUUUUUUUCACAGAUGUUUUGGUAGAGACGUCACUAACCUGAUGUGAACUAAACUUUGAUUACAGUUUCAAUUGUAAACAUUGCUUUUUGAGAGCUGUUCCAAGUUGAAUCAUUCAGCAUUUCUGCGCUGUUGAACAGAGCUCUGUGUUGAACUUGCUGCAGUGCGGCUGCAGAAUCACUGCCCUAUUGUUGUUUUUAUAUCUCCAAGGGCAGUUUCAGAGGAUAUCAUUUCGACGUGGAAAAACAUAAUGACUGCAUUCUUUGUUAUUCCACCAUUUCUUUUUAUAUGAUUGGAAAGAAGAGACUAGCUUUCUCUGGAAACGUAUAAUUAAGGCUUAAAUAAUCCGAGAAAAGGGCAGAAUAAUUAGCAUGCAUUUAAAUCUGUGGAUUCAGUAUAAAAGGAAGUUGUACUGAUAGAUGGAUGCAUUGAGAGCAAAGUGAGUACAUCCAUCUGUCAGAGGGAAACAUGUUAAAACACAGUUAUUAAUGCGUGCAUACAAUUUAGUUUUAUUCUCUUGGGGCAUCCAGCCGAUUUGCAACAAAAAACACAUCUCCAUUCACAGUUCCCUUUAAGUAACAGUAUCCUGCAUGUGUGUUUGCAGGUCUGUGGUGAUGCCCAUCGCUCAGGAGUUCUCUCCAGACGUCGUUCUGGUGUCGGCCGGGUUCGAUGCAGCUGAAGGAAACCCUGCUCCUCUGGGAGGGUACAAGGUCUCCGCCAAAUGUAAGCACUGUCCUCCACCACAGAGUGCACAGCCUCUGCCUCCCAGGCUCAGUUUGAGCCAGAUGAUGCCAAUAAGAACUCUAAUUUUUGGUUCUGUGGGUAUUCAGAGGUAUUAAUAGUUUAUUACAGCUCCUGUCCAUCAUAGAGCAAAGAGAAGGAGACGUACCCUCUGCCCUUCAUCGCUUCAUCACUGAUGUGACCAUAAUUAUGAUAAUUAGUAGCUCAUAGUUUCAGUGGGAGGAUCCACAAGGUAAAAAUAUCUGUUAGUUUUCAGGAAAUAUGAACUCUUUUGGAGCAUUUUACAGGAAGAGGUCUCAUGAUUGACGUUAAUUUACUAAACUGAAUUUAUUGCCCUCUUCUUAAUUCACACUACUUGUUAACUAUUCUGUGUGUUUUUGUAUGUGUGUGUUUUCUGUGCCUCAGGUUUUGGCUUCCUGACCCGUCAGCUGAUGUCUCUGGCUGGAGGUCGUCUGGUUUUGGCUCUUGAAGGAGGUCACGACCUCACAGCGAUCUGUGACGCCUCAGAGGCCUGUGUCAGUGCGCUCCUAGGCAUACAGGUAAAGCAUUGCUGGAAAAUGAAGUAUCAACUCUUGAAAUCCUUUAAAUCCUUUUUUUUCUUUUUAAAAUGCAAUCACACCGAAGAAGCAUCUGAAUUCCCUGAUUAAGAAUGAUUGAAAGUUCUCUUCUGUUGUGGGAUUGACAUGUCAUAUUUUAAUCCAAUCAACAUUUUACACAGCAUCUUGUUUUUUUUUUUUAAAGGGAUUAUAAUUAUGCAAGAUAAAGAGCUCAAAAUAAUCAAGUUAAUGUGAUUGUUUUUAUGUCUCUUUGUCAUGUAGGACCCUCUGGCAGAAGAAGUCCUCCUGCAGAAGCCCAACGCUAAUGCAGUCCGCUCCCUGCAGACCGUCAUACAGAUACAGAGUGAGCAGCUUUGACUCUUUUUACUUUAUUCAGAUUACUGUUUUAAACCUUUGCGUAACCAUAGAUGUGAUCACACUGAAAUCAGCCAGCACAUCAGUGUGGUGUCUCUAUGUUAACAUGUAGUGCAUGGGUCUUUCAGGUCAGUACUGGCAGAGUGUUAAGGCCUGCAGUGGGUCAGUGGGUCUGUCGUACCUUGCUGCUCAGAGGAGAGACUGUGAGGAGACAGAUGCUGUCAACGCUUUGGCCUCGCUGUCAGUUGGAGUGCUGUCCAAUAAGAGGUAAAAAAUGAGCAGAAACGAAACACAAAAAUCAACCUCUCAUGCUUUAUUUCAACAUGACUCUCUGAUCACACUGUCGUCUUUUUUCCUCCAGCCUUCCCGACGAGCCAAUGGAGCACGACAGCGACUCCAUGUAGAACCAAAUCGACCACUCACCUCACACAUCAGGAUUUUAGUCCCACCUGUAGCUUCAGAUCUGCUGCGAUGUCUUCACGACCACAAAGGGGAUGUUUUUGUGAUACCACUGAGCCCCUCCCACCUGCCUUAUUCACACCACAUCCAACACACAAUGCUGAACCUCGACAGACCUGCAGUAUGAGCACCUCAGCGCUGGUGACCACUCAGCUGACACCAGCAGCACAACCUGCAACUGGGAAACCUUCAGUAACCUCACCAAAGAGCAACACAGGAUGUUUUUUUUUUACAGACUGUUCAUUUUUUUCCUGACUGACAGUGGAUUGUGAAAACAACGAGUACCAAACCCUAGAGCUACAGACAGAAAUCCUUGAAGCACUAUGUACCAGCAGCUGUUCUGUUGCCUUAAACUUUUGCCUUAACGUAAGAACCAACAUCAGGUUCAGAAGGAGGAAACUUUGGAUUAUAAAGUUCUUCCUCUUCUGCUUCUUCUGCAAACGAAAUGCAGACCAAAUGGGAUGCCAAAUGGCACACAAAGACGAACUUUGAACAUCAGGUGAAAGCAUAUCCAAUACACCUGAUGAACAAGAUACAAGAAAUAAAAAGAAGAAGAAGCGGACAGUCGUUAGAAAUGUAAAAGAGAUUUUCUCACAGUUUAACCACUAAGAAAGAACUUCUGGGCCGGACGAGAAAUGAAGACACAAAAUGGACAAAGUGUGGUUUUGCUGAAACAAAGAAAGGGCUGAUGUCCUGGUUGUUUUAUUGCACUGUUCAUUCCAUAAUGUGAACUCUGAGAGAUUCCAAAGCUCUGGGAAAAAAAAAAAAUAACUGUAGGUUAUUUAAUAGUUUUGGAUGUUUUAUUUUUCCCACUCUUCAUCUGAGAUGUCUUAUAAAGUCUCUGACUCAGCUCAAAGGCAGAGAUACUGUAGAGUUGUUUUUCCUAUGAAAUUAAUCUGUAGGCAACAGUUUGAAAGCAGGAUUAUUUUUCUGUGCUGUUCAGUGUCUUAAACACACAUAUACUCUCUCACACAGACACAGACACAUGUAUAAAGCAAUGAUGAACUCAUGAUGUACCACUAGUAUUGAUUACUGUAUAUUCUUGUUUAUAGUUGAGACUAAAGGAGUGUUCAUUCCGCCGCAGCAGCACCACUGAGGACCAUUGUAUUGUUCUAUAGUAGCAAUAAUGUAAAUGCACUUAACGACAGCACCCAAAGACAAAUGCCUUAAAACAGCCCGCACACCUCUGAGACUGUCCAGAGGCGACACCAGGGACCAGUGUGAACACUGCUCCCACAGUGACUCGACUCUAAAGAACCUGUGGAUUCUGGUGAACGUCUUAUAUGCAGACUUUUGUAUACUGUUUGAGUACAAAGACCUGGUCUGGUUUGAAUGUUUUCUUUAUUAUCUAAUUAAGACUUCCAGGCUUUAUCACAGUCUAAUUAUGGAAACUCGUGUAUAGUAUUUUGUUUGGAGGUGAAGGUCACACUUUCCACCUGUCAUGUUACAGUCAGUGCAGACAAAGUCUUAAUAAACGUGGCAGUAUGUCUUCUAAGCAGAUGAAGAUUACUGGACUUUGGUGAUGCACAGUAUGCUGAUAUUUUCUGACUAUUUAGGCCGAUUGCAGAAAUAUAAGCAGAUACUUCUUCAGUCUGACUACCAAUACCAUCAAGUCUUCUCUGUAGUUAAAUGUUUUUAAUGCAGAUAGUUUACUUUUCAAAAUGUAUAAACCCACCAGGUAAAAGAAGAAAAAAAAAACUGUAACCUUAAGAAAACAUGCUCCAUUAAACUUUUCCUAACUUUUUAAGCAGCCUUGAUUUUUGACACAGUUUGCAAAGGAGGAUUGGCAUCAAGGGGUCGACUUUUUGGCCUGUCAUGUGUGCAGAAGCGUAAAUUUUACACCAACCCUAAUAGGCUGAUACUGACUAUAAUAAUAAAACUGUGUAUUGAAGUUUUAAUGAGAAAGGUUAUACAAUCAAAAGAAAACAAUAACAAGGUCAUGUUUCUUAUUCUGGGGGUAAUUUUUUGGUGAAAUAUAACUUACCAGAGUCCAAUUUUUAAUGCACAUUUUGCAGUAAUCGCAAAGGCUCUGAUAACAAAAGUAAUAUAGGAUUAAAGCUGCAGAGAAGAGAGAAAAAUAUAAAACAAAGUUUUUAUCCAAAGUGAAAAAUGGUGCUGGUUUUUUUUUUGUGAAUAUUUUUGGUGUUAAUGCUCCUGAAGAGCACUCAGACUUUAGAAACUUUAGAAACAUCCAAUGAAAACCAGAUUUUUAUUUUAACAUUUUUGUUUGAGAUUGUUUUGCUUUAAAUCAAGAUCUCAACUCUUAUCAGACAAGAUUCAGUGCAGAUUUGAUGUGAUGUUUGAGCCUAAAUGCAGCUUUUGUAAACUCUAAACAUCCUGUAAAUCUGACUGACUGAGGAAGUAUUGUAAGCUUUGUAUUGGGUUUAGUUUCCUUUCAUCGGACUCUGGGCAUCAUCUGCCCACCAGAAGGCCUUAGAGCUCAUAUCAGACAGCAGGUAGGCAGUACAACCCAACAGCCGAAGUUUGCAUACUGCCUCAUCCCUGUUUGGCAUCAUCUAGAGACAGAGUGCUAUUCUGUGAUUGGUGCAAACUUAAAAGUGUGUUAUUCAUUUAGUGUUUCGUGUCAUAAAUAGUGUUCUUAAAGAGGAGGCGACAGCAUUGAAACAGUGUGCUGUGUCUUUGUUACAAGGUGUGUCCUGCAGGUGUCUAUGAAGUAAACGCAGUCUGACAUGUCUUCAGUGUGUAUGAAUGAGUUUGGCAUUUGCAUAACUACACAUGUGCAUAUUUCUGCCAUGUGUUUUGUGCGUGCAUUUGUACGUGUUUGUCUGUCGUAUACUGUAAAUGGCCUCUCCUGUAUUAUACUCCCAGUAGCUGUUUUAUUGUUCGUCUUACCGAGGCCAGUAACGCCUCACCUCUUAAUUCCCUUUAUUAAUGAUGUCAUUUGUACCUUUUCUCCUUAAAGACACUGUAAAUAGAGACUCAAUGACCAAAAUACACACGACACACACAUGUGCCUUGAUGCAUUUAGUAUGUUUGUGUAUUGGUAUAUCAAAACUAACUGGACUUACAGUAACUCUGUAUCUGUAAACAUGACAUUGAAAUCUUGGUUUCAUGCUUUUCUUUAUUAUUUACCUACAUGUGUUAUUUUUCCUACACAUUUCCUACCAUUUGUAUGUAUAGAAAGAUUGUCUAUUUUGUACUUUGUAUUUUUGUCUUUUCCUCUUGAUUAAAAAAAGUAAUAAUUUCCAGUACAAGUCAAGCUUUGUCAUGCAUUUUGUGACAGCAUUAAUACACGAUAGCGGGUUUUUACAACAGCUGUCUCAGUAACAACCCCAAUUUUUCAAAAACUAAGCAAAUUGUGAACAAGUUUUGCAAAUAUUUAGACUCUAAAAAUAAUGCAAAAAAAAAAAAAACAACUAUCCACUGUUGACACAAAAAAGAGUGCAUUUAAACUUGUUGGCCAAAAAUUGGACAACAACACACUGAAAAUGUUGUUUAAUGGUCUUAAAUUAAAGGAGUUGAUUAGGGUGACCUUAUUCUGAAUCCCCAAAAUAGGACACUGCUAUGUGGGGUGAAAUCGCACCAAAUUUUGAGGGUUUUUCGGGUCGGGUUGAGUGUCUUUUACGUACUUCUAACUUAGUUAGUCCAUGCUACACAAACUCAAAAUUUCCAUACAAAAACCCGGACACUUGGAGGAUUUUAUAAACGCCCCCAGAUAGGCCGGACAGCCCCCAAAAAAGCGGACAUGUCUGGGUAAAAGAGGACAAAUGGUCACCCUAGAGUUGAUGAGCAAGAGCUGAGAAAAAUGCCAGGAUAUGAAAAGUCCAGGUCUCUGUAGUGUUUAUCACUGCAUCGGCUCAAAACCACUUCCAUUAAGCAUUUAUUUAAAAAAAAAAAGACAGUCAUUGUUUCCUAAAAUGAUAGUCAGAUUUGUACUAUGUUAAAAGGAAACCAUAGAUAAACACACUACAGAUAUGGCAGUGGCUGCUCUGGUUCAUGGGCUCAGGCACAGUUGAAACUGUCCUUUUGUCUGUCUAAUUAAAUUUCACUUCUUUUUUUUAAAGAUUUAUUUUCUCUGUGGGUAGAUAGUGGAUGGAAACAAAACAGAUAAACUGCUUGAGGCAUACAGGGCUCACACGUAGACUGCUUUGCCAGUGCCACCCCAGAAAAAAAUUGCAAGGGAACAGAAGUUUGCAGGCAAAGACGUGUACAAACUCUUGAAUCAUAGUUUGAUUGUAUUACAUUUACCACAUCAGGAAAUGAUUUGCCAUCAUAACAUUGAGCAUUAGGAGUCACUUAGCCUGAUACGAAGCUCAUAUGUUUGAAUUCAGUGAUGUCUGGGACAAUUUUGAUGUAAUUGUUAGAAAGCCAAACAUGAUCAUGAGUCAUCCACACAGGCCUUUUCUCUCAGUCUUUAAUUAGCCUUCCCCUGCUAACUCUGUGGGUGUGAUUGACAUCCAGCAUCAUUCUGUUGUCAUCUCUGCUGCACCGUUAUUUGUGACAAAUCAUCAAUUUGCAUGUCUAAACCAUGCCGCUAUAGGUGACUUGAAGUGAUUUCUAUUAAAACAGAAGUCUUCAAUUUGCACAGAGGUCUAAUCAGAGGAAUUGGAAAUGCCUGCAUGCUUUGGUGAGUUGAGCUUUGGUUGAUGUUUUGCAUGUUUUUAUGCUCCAGUUUUGCACAAAAGGAAGGGGAAAAGGACAGAACUAAUAAAACAUUACACACUGUAUAGUAGUCAAUAUAUUCAAGGAAUACUUACAACAAUGAUGCACGUGUCAGGUUUCUUUUUUUAGCUCAAACUUCUGUCAGAUACAGUCUGGGACAGCCAUGUAAAAAAAUGCCGUAUGUUUCUAGCCCUUUAAUGUCGAUCUGUUUAUGAGUUUUCCUCCCCCUUCUGUGGAGUCUUUUAUGAUUUAGUUCAGGCUAUACAACCGUAAACCUGCAGACCUCUGAAGAGGAACUAGAACCAUCAAACUACAACUAGGACCAAAACAGCACUAUAAAUAUUCCCACAGGCCUUAAUUGCACAUUAACGUGUUCUUUUCUGGAGGAAUUAAGUGUUCCUGACUGACCAGGCAGAGGCACACAGACCUCAUUAAAGAAAGACUGGAGGAAGGAGGAAGUGAGGGGAAAACAAGGGAGACAGUUUAACAAGAGAGGCAGGAGACAAAGAGGGUGUGGUGAGCGUGUAAAUCUGUGCUCUCUUUACCGUCCAGUUUUUCCCAAAACAACAAGAACAUCAGGGGUAGUUUGAGGACAGUUUUAUUUUUCGUACAAAUGAUCGUCUUUCUAAUGUUUCGAUCAGCACAUAGAGUUCUGCCACAUCAGUGAGCCGUUUCUGCUGAGCAGAACUCUGUAAAUACUUCAACUAAUCCUGCUAUUAAAAACCCAAACCCCCUUCUCUAAACUGUAAAACACAAACACACUGAUCUCUGCAUGACACUGAAGUUUUAACAAUCAGGCAAUGACACACACAAAAAGAAACAGAAAUACAGCUCUGACUUGACCUAGAUGUCAAGUUCUUCAGCUCCUGGUUGGUUUUUAUGGUUCAGAGAAAAUGGUCUUUCCCCAUGUCAGUCCUGAUCAUUUUAUAAUAUUCUUAAAUAUAUGUCUCCACAGGUGAGGUCAGUGAAAAAAAAAUCUGUUUUAUUCAAGUCCAUGUGAUCAAGAAAACAGAGUAGUGUGAGGCAGAUCCCAGUCCCUUCAUUCAGCAGCUGGAACGACAAAAACAGACACGUUACUGUAGCAUCCACAUGUAGUCGUUUGAAGAGUUAGCAAUAGACACAUCAUUCAGUAAAAUAUUCAGCAUUAAAUUUAGAUGAUUUUCAUUUGAUUUAAUCACUGUGAAUAGACAUGCUUAAUUUUUAUUGAUUUACAUGAGUACUUGCAUAAACAUUACCCAGAGUUUAGGGGUUGAAUUGGCUCUGUAAUUGGUAAACUCUACAGAACAUUAAUCAAUAAAAAUGCAAAUAAGAACAUUCUUGUUGGUCAUUUUGAUUCAACACUCUCAAAAAAAUUUAUAUUAUUUAAGGGGGUUCUGUUGAUGUUAACUUUGGCUCCUCCUGUGGAUGAUUGAGACUUCUUAAAAAUCAAAAUGGAAAUGAUAAAAAAGGAGGGCUGUUUCAGCUCAGUUGACACCCACCCCCUUGCACCAAUUUUAGUUGUCAAAAUUGAUAUUAUACAAAUUGCCAGUCUUUUUGCCAGCGCUCUUGGAUGUCAUGAAAAGACAUAAAUGUGAAUCUCAGUCCAUUUUGUCUAUGUCUUAAAACUCCCCACAGGAGCUUUAAGUGAACUGUUCAAACACCUGAGGAAAGAAAAUCUUCACAACAGACCACCUGGUCUAACAGUCAUCCCUUUUCAGUCCAGUCAUGCUCUCUGUAUUUAUGAUUACUGUAAGGGUUGUUGUGUUUUGUUAAUUUAUUUUGAAGAAGAGUUGGGAGUGGAUCUGUAAAAGCAGCUGACAACACUGGAGUUUGCAUGUCAGGCCAGUAGUUGGUGAUAUGAUGUUGCAGUGAAGUCAAUGUGUACUUCAACAGAGCAUGGCAUACAGACUAUUGUAGUAGGAACAUACAAGCGUGUGAAAAGGAGGCUCUAAAGUCCCUGUUUUCACAGGAUCAGCGUUUCACUGGUUCACAUUUUGACAGAGGAGGUGGUGUUUUCUGUAGGUUUCAACUCUGAUACUGAGUUGGAAAAAAUUUAAAUAUUCAGCUGCUGAUAAUUCACUUUUUGUAUAAAGGAACUCAAAUAGUUUAUCCAACUGUUAUUGACUCAAAUAGUUUAAAGACCUUUUACCUUCAACUUUAAACAAAGCAGUGAAUCUUAACAUCUAUAAACUGGAAAAAUACUAUUAUUGCUUGAAGGUUGUGAAAAUGGUGCAUAAGUUGUCAAACUACAUGGUUAUUCAUUCUUUUGGUUGAUUAUUUUAAUGAUGCAGCUUAAAUCAUCCUCCCAGUUUCCUGGGAGGGCUGAGUCAUUUACUGGGGCAAGAUAAACAUUUAACAAGUGUUAACUGUGAUCAGAUUGUCUCUGUAGUUGUACUGCAUAAAAUUUGCGUGUACUCAAAGUAAAUCUCCCUGAAACAAGAUACCAGCCGGUUUUAUUUCAAUCUGCCAAAUGUGCAGAAACUGUCUUCUUCUUUGGCCUGAAGAUGAAUUCCUAAAUGUCAAGUGUCUUCAAACAUGUCCGUGAAGGUUAGCUUCCUGAGACCACACUUUGGUGGCUGUGGGACUCCAAAAAUGUGUUGCACAGUGAGUCUUCUUGAGAGCUGGAAAUUUACCUCCAUGGGAUGUUGUAAUGAAAAGCUGCUGAGCUUCGUGAUUAUUGGAAAUGAAGUAAAAAGUGUUUUUUCUCAUGCAUAGGUAUUGAACAUGAACAACAUUAACCUAGAUCUAUUUAGGCCAAAGCAGACUUUGUAGAAAAAAUUCCUUUUGUCUGCAUUAGGUUUCCAUAUAGGAUAAAAAUCAGCUGUAAAGUGAUACAAAACUAACUUUUGGUUCAUGUACAUGAUCAUGAAUGUAGGCGUUCAAAGAAAACGGCUCUCAGGUUUUGUUUCAAACACAAGAAGUGGGGGAGGUGUGUGGGGUUUUGGGGGCAUGCACAUGGCUACACCUAUGCAUGUGUGUAUGCAUCAGUGUGUGUGUGUGUGUGUAUAAAUCAGCUCUCACCUCCUCCAUCACUUCCAGUGGUUUAUGGGAGCCCAGCAGGGAGCCACAUCAGCCUCUCCUUUGAUGGUGACACUCAUGAUUCAUGGCUUUUCGAGACCGUUUGUUUUCAUUACGCCUCCUCCUCAGCUCGCUGAAGCUGCAUCACGGUUUCGUGCAAGGCCAGCAAAUUUGGGCCAGAAAGAGAGGAAAGAAUUUCUAGAGGAGGAGAGUUUUUUUGGCCCCAGAAGAAACAAAGGGGCUUGGUUUGGGUAUAAAGUGGAGAAACAUAAGUCAGGAUGACUGCUGCCCGCUGCUGCUUUUUCCACUGUUGCUCGAGUUCAGAGGUGGUCAGGGAUUCAAAAUAUGUCAGGGUCUUGGAAAAGUAGGAGUAGAGGGGUGAUGGAAAAGUCAAAGGUCCAGCCUCUACUGAAACAUAAAAUCUAACCCUUUCCAGUUCUUCCAGUCUCUCAAAUCUAUAUUUUCAAGUCAUGGCUCGUUCAACAGAAAAAGUACAAACUUGCUUGUCAAGGAAGAAACAAAAACUGGAAUUCAGCUUGAAGCAUGAAUGAUGCAAAGAAGUAGAGAUAGUGGUGAACCUGAUGGUGAUGAAAUGAAGGAUGAUGGUACAGAUAAACCUAGAGAUGAAGCCUCAGGACCUGAGAGGCUCCAAAAGAAGUGGCAUCCUGUCAUUUUCCCCCACUGGGACAGAAAUGGUACAGUGGGAAUCACAUUUUUCCUGUUUCAGUAUCUGUCUUAAACCCUACCAUCUGCACUCAUGAGUGGUAAAGGUGCUUAUGAAAAGAAAAAGCCGAUUGAUUUGUAGUGUCACAGCCCCCAAAAGCACAAUUUCCUCUAGAUCGAAGUGGUUGAUCAGUCACAGUCUCUCUUUUGUCAAGUAUAAGAUUGUCUUUCCAUCAUUUCUGACGUACAGAGAUGAUAUACAUCAAAACAUUAAUUUCUAUCAUGAGUGACACAGUUCAAACAUCGCCCCAACUUUCUGAAUCAAGCCCAAUUGUUUUCAGGUCAUGAGGGACUCUCUUAAAGACAACCCUUACUUCAAGGUCAGUCUAGUGUCCAGCAGACAUGCUCGACCAGGCCCCCUCCAUCCUCCACACAGAGAAGGCGUAGCUGAGCCUCUCGUGGGCCAGGUAGUUACAUCCAGCCAGCUUGGAGUCCAUCUCAUCACUCUGCAGAACCUGGUACAGAAAGUCAAUGUAGCGUGAUGCCAACUUUAGGGUCUGGAUCUUGCUCAGUUUGUCAGAGGGUAAUGUUGGGAUUAUUUUACGUAACGAGGCAAAGGCUUCGUUGAGAGACUGUGUCCGCUGGCGCUCCCGAAUAUUGGCGAUCACUCGCUGGCCGUGUGGGUCUUCAUUUGCCGAGAGGCUUCCAGGACUUGGACCAGGAACAGGAGACAAGGACUGUCCUGAGGAAGGUGACUGAUGUUGGGGACUCUUCUUGAUUCGUUUGGGUCCACUUUGGGUGUAGAUGUGGAUGUUGUCCCCUGGCUUGUCCUUGCUGUCUGCUGCUACAGUUGGAGUUAUUGUAGUUACGUGAUCAUCAGUGUGUAAGCCGGUCUGUCGUUUACGUCCAUUGAUCCCUGGAGUUGGAACAACAACAGGACAGGCAUUGGAGGGUGGUUUUACCAUGUUCUCUUCAUUGGAAACCACCCCUCCCUCAGGGUGGUCAUCAUUGGAGGGCUCCUCCUCUCUCAUGCUUGGCCACGUUUUUCUACUAUCCACUAUUUGACACCUUCGUACUCCUCAGGAUACCUCCCGCUCUUUUCUUCUCCGUCAGUCUGCCUCCUCUCCUCUUCUGCUUCACUUUACCUCUGGCCUGUUCCUCCCCUGGAGUUUCUUCUUCUGUUUCAGUUUGGUCUUCUUCCUCUUCUUGAGCAGCAAUCAGAUUGACUCUUUGUCACAUCUGAACAUGCCAAACCAACGUGGGUGAUGUAUCAGCACCGCUACUACGACUCUUCAUCCACACGAGAGAAGCUGUAAAUGAUCUCUUGGCGCUCUCUGGGAGUGUACCAUGCAUCAGGAGUCCGUCCUGCUCUCACGUCCUUCUCCCAUAGCUGUCUGUGAGACAACAGCAACCUGAAUCUGACUUCUUAAAGGGAGGGAACCAUGAAACUUUCAGCUGCCCACCCAUUCGACUCGCUGAUUGGUCUGGAGAACUUUUUUUGGGACAGCUGAGCUUAAAACAACAGGAAGAGUGAAUCUUGAGCGAUUGGUCCGAUCAAAGAGACGAGGCGGAGACAAAGGUGCGCCGUACAGCCAACCACACUGAAACGUUGUGACGUCUGCUUCUUGUCAUCGAAGUUGCCCAAGUUUAUAGGUUCCAGAUUCCCUUCAAAGCGAGGCGCUACCAUCCCCCCUCUCAGUGCUUGGCUCUCUGUCCCCCCUCUGCCUCCCCUCACAGAGCCAACCUCAGCUGCCUUCAUUAUAGUUCAGAGAAAGAAAGAAGGAAAACUGUAAAAGAAGCUCCAUACAAAUGUUUUUGUUUCUAGUUUAUAAGUUGGACAACGUUCAUCUUCAUUUUUCUGCCACAUGGUGGUUGAAUGGUGAUAUGUGAUCCUCUUUUCAUGCGUGAUAUUAUAGGCAAAUCACAUGGAAAAGGAAGCCAUUAGUUCAUUCUUUAAUUUAUGUUUGUUAGUUUGCACUUAAAGUUGCUUUAGUGCCAGAUCUGUCAGCAUUAGAUGCUGACAAUACUACAAUAACAACAGUCCUCCUGAAGAGCAAAGGCGAUAUAAUACCCAGUCCAAAAAUAUUAGGACACUGUGUUUUUUAAAUGGGAGUUUAUGCUCAUUUAAAAUUUGAUAUGAACAACAUCUCCCAAAAAAUGAGGACAGAAACAACAAAACACCCAAAAUAUGUAACUCUGUCAUAAAACUGGAGGAACAUUCCUUUACUAAUGAGGUUAAUUUGCAACAGAUUAGCAACAUGAUUGGGAUUAAAAAGGGCUUCAUUGGCAGGAUGAGUCUCUUAGAAGUUAAGAUAGGAGGAGGUUCACCACUCUGUGAGAGACUGCGUGAGCAAAUAGUUCAACAAUGUCGGAGUUCCCUGGCGUAAAGUUACAUAAAAUUUCAGGAUUUCAUUAUCUGUGGUUCAUAAUAUUAUCAAAAGACUUAAAGUAUCUGGGUUAAUCUCUGUACUAAAGGGGACAAGGAUGAAAACCAAGACUGGUUGGUCAUAAUCUUUGGUGCUUCAAAUAGCACUGAAUUAAAAACAACCACCACUCUGAAGCAAAAAUCAAUGCAUGAGCUCAAAAUCACUCCCAAAACAUGGUGAAUACAGUUUGUCAGGAAGGAGUUAAAAUUGUACCAUGAAAGAAGGAAAACAGCUACAAAUACUAUCUAGAUACUCCUGAGACUUCUAAAGAUCGGCUGAGGCAGAGUGGGAAACCGUCCCGAAGUUUGACAUUCUUUUUGGAAAUCAUGGACACUACAAGUUCACCGCUUUAUAAAAUGCAAAAGUAUAGCAAAAGACCCCAAACCCUUGAGUAACUGAACUCC